CUCACCGCACAUGUGCAUUAGGUCACCCCUAUCGAGUGAUGGUGGAGGAGGACCACAAAGGACACCAGCAUUUGAAUUGGGUAAGUCAAUAAAGAUUUUUUUUAAUUCUUUAUCUGACAUUGGGGGGGCUUCAAGGUAGGGAGGGCAGAGGGCAUUAUUGUGUUAGGAAAAGUUUUGUAUUCCUAACACUAUAGUUUUCCUUUAAAGUGAUUGGAAUUGGCGUCAUCUUUAAAGGGACAUCUAAUUGAAGUUCUUAUAGUGGCUGCAGUCCUGCCCUCCCCUGUCCUACACCCAAAACCCAAUAUUAAACUAAAUAGAAAGCUUGGAAGAAUGGCUUCAUGCCACGCCUCUGGGUAUGAGAGCUGGGAAUUAUUCCGUAACAUACAGCGUCAUCACGUCAUGAUUUGCCAUAUGUAUUCAAUGAUUCUCUAUGGAGGAAUUGUAAGUGAACGCCAUGCAUGCGCCUAUGCUCCCUAGUGCUCCUCUAUGAGCCCUAGGGAACUCUAUGAGGAUCUUUGGAUUGGCCUGUCAUCUCCAGGAUGACGCAGUCCAAAGAGGUGCGUAAUUAGUUUGUUAUUUUUUUAAUUUUCUUUUCUUUGUUUCCCUUUUUUUAUAUACAGAUGGGGGAGGGGGGCUAAAUGUGUAAGGAUACAAUAUAUGUAUUCCUAUCGCUACAGUGUUCCUUUAACAUUUUAACAGCAGCAGCUUAUAUCAGGGAAUAAAGGAGUUAGUACUUAUUAAGGGAGGGCUAUGGGGGAGGGGCAAUCACUGAAUGGGUCACUUCUUUUGUAACCACAGGGUCAGAGUUGAAGCUGUGCCCAGCAGGAUAUCUACAAGAAACUUCCCUAUGCAGUGAACAUGUGAGAAGGUGGGAUGGAAGAUGGCCAUUAAAGGGGGAGGGGUGUUUUAUUGACUUCAUUCUCCUCUGAAACUUUUAGAUGGCUUUACGUUCCUUUACAUGCUAUAUGAUGUUAGGUGUGUGUAUGAAUUGCCAGGAACAUAGUACCACCAAAAAGCAAGUGAUGUGCCACUCUAUGAAAUGAUGCAAGCCAAUCUGUGACCAUCUGCCAGUGUUCACAUUCUAUACAAUAGUUAAUCUUUUUAGCAGUAUUUGAGGUUUAGUGCUUCCUAAGGUUGGUAUGUAAUCAUUCAACAUACACCCUGCAGUGUCAUAUACAAACACAUCUAUGUGUAUGAAGCAUCCUAGCUAGCGAUUUGCUUGGAAUCAUUAUAGGUUUUGCAUCAGAAUGUGAUUGUACAAAGUGAUAUACAAGGUUCUUACUAUUUUCAUACAGAAAUGCCUUUGUACAUAAUGUGACUAGCCUGGAGAUGUCUAGGUUUACUGAGUGAUAGCUCCAGGCUACAUUCACCUAUAGACAGCAAAAGAAAAUGUUGAGAUAAAGACCAUUAUUAAAGUGUAUUCAAUGUCAUUGAAUACAGCCCUCCCUCUCUAUCCGUAACUGCAGCUUGAAUAUGAGUGACCUUUAACCCUUUAAAUGCCAGUUAGAUAUACAGUGCUUUGGUACUCCCAAUUAUCUUUGGCGUGUAACUGCAAGUGAUUUACAAAUGAAUGACUUUACAUAGAUACAUUUGGCAAAAUGACAAGACAUAAUAAAAAAUAUCCCGUUCAUUUUUGCUACUUUAAUAGACGCAAAUACAUAAUAGUGCACCUAGUAUAGGGAUAAAAUAACAUGUACUUUUAAAGAUUAAUAUUUAGAAAAGUCCCCUCCCGGCAGCUUGUGAAUUUCAUCAGCUGCUGGAAGAAAAUACAUUCAUCACGGAAUGCCUUAGGGGCUUUUUUUUAACAAGCUUUUUGUCUGCAGCAUAUGACUCCUACAUACUUAAUGGCAACUGUUUUCAUGUGUUGUUAACCAGAAUGUAGAUGUGAAAUGUGUCCAAAAAAAUAUGGUGACUGCAGCAACCUUAUGUUUAUGGCAUAUAUUUAUGCUUCAUGGUGUUGCCUCUAAAAUUAUGCUAACACUCAAAUGCCAAGAUGUCAUUCUGACAACAUAGUGCCAUCCUCAGUUGUGUAAAGUACUACAUAACCAGGAGACUAGCACAAUAUCCAAAAUAAGUGCCUAUCAUCUUUGCUUUCUGUAAUGUAUUUUAGUAAGGUACAGCAUGUACUAAAGGGUUUAUAGAGUGAGGGCUUCCCCUAACUGUAGUACAGUACAUCUGUCCUAAUACAUCUCUCUGUAUUCCGAUACAGCUGUCAUUAUGUUUUAUAAUGUGGCUACUAUUGCUUUUAUCCUGUUUAUUGUUACCUACACCAGUCUCUGUGCCUGUUAAAUCUAUUUUAUAUAAUUAUUUCUUCUAACAUCUACAUUAACCUUUUUAUUACUAGACUUUGAUUUAUCUGAAUGCUUUCUUCAGAAAAUUCAGCCCAAACAAAUUACAUCCAUGCUUUGAUUCAGUUCAUCUAAAUUUCUUUUGAAAACAAAAUUGAACAACUGCUUUCAUUUUUAUCCUCUUACUCAUUGCCAGAAAGUGAGAAUUUCAAAAUGGAAGCAGGUUCGUUCCCCAAACCCCUGAGUCAUAAAUUUACACAUAAAAGCCUAUGGGGACCAAUAAGAACUCCAUAUUAGUAUAAGGGAGGUUUAGAUGCAGGAGUUGUGGGUAGGGACAUAUCUUCUAAAUUGUUAGCAGCCAGUGACUGCUUUCUGUCAUUAAAGAAUGAUGACUGGACAGCUAUUGCUGUCCAAUCACUAAUACAAUAAAGUCUCAAAUAAAUAAUAAUGUGGGGGAUAUUUAAUAAAAGGAAUGGGGGGUACUAGUUUCCCCCAUUCCCUCCUGCAUUUUGUGUGGUGGUUGGCGCUCUAUUUAUAAUAAUGUGGGGGACUACCUAAUGUCACUCCUAGUGAGUGGUUGCACAAUAAACUAAGUUCCCCUUUAAGAAUACGAUUUAUACUUACCAUCAAAUAAAUUAUAAUAAUUAAAAAAGCAUGAAGAAAUAGUGGGUGGACGCUUCACUUUAUUAGUUAUUUGUAUUCUUUAUUGUAUUAGUGAAUGGGCAGCAAUAUCUGGCCACUUGCAAGUCUUUAUGACAGUAAGCUGUUCUGCGGGUAGGGGAAUAAGGGAGAUUGAAACCUGCUUUAUGGUUCUAAGGAUGUCAUAUUGGAAUUUAUUUUACCUUAAGUUCCCCUGAACUGAGCGUUCCAUAAUUAAUUUCACAAGGGGGGUUGUAAGUGGCAGGGAGCUCUGCUACUUCUAUGUUUAAAUAUUCUAAUUGCAAUGAGGAAACCGGCAGCUUCAGUCAUGAUCACUUUAUUUUUCAGUCAUUUUUGCCAAAUUGCUAUUGCAAUUAAUUAAUUUGUGUUUCCCAUUCAGGAACUAAUUGCGCAAAAUUCUGACAAAUUCACAUUCAUACGAAACGAAUGCCCAACUACUUCUCUUCGCUGCAUCUUCUGUGUCAGUGUGUGUCUCUGAAUUAGUCCCUGUGUUACUGCUGACUAGAUGAUUUUCUAUCAGUAAUACCUGUACUUGUCUCUGUAUAUGGCCUGUUACUGCUACCUGUGUCAUAUUCUAUCAAUGAUACCAUUGUCUGUCUCUACAUUACUUGUAUUACUGCUACCUACAUCAUAUCCUGUAAGUGAUUCUGGUGUCUGUCUAUUCAUUACUGACUGUUAUUGCUGCCUGUAACUUUUUUCACAAAUACCUUCCCAUCUUUCUGCGUUAUUUCAUUUUGCUGCGCCCUACACUAUCUUCUCUCAUAAAACCCCUGGAUUACUCCCUGUUUGAACUACCUACAUCAUAUACUGUCUGUGUCACCAGCAUCUGUCUGUGCAUUAGUGUGACUGCUACCUACAUCAUUCCUGUUACCAAUACCUCCACUUUUCUUUUUCUACUGUGAACUUUAUCUGCACUCAAAUGCAGCUAUUUGAAUCUACUUCUGUCACUCUAAUCAGCUGCUUGUUCUUGCUCACUUUUUUGCACCGACCCCUCCUGUCAUUAUUUUUACCAUCUCUUGUUGUACCUCCUACAAAUAUCAGUCUCGGUUUCUACUUUCUUUGGCUGCUUUGAAAAUGCUCCAGUUUCUGUCUAUCAGUAGUACAUCCUUUUUACCUUUUUUUCUCCUGCUUCUGUCUCGCUAAAAGCCCUCUGUGUUUCUUGGCAGUGUCUCUCUUAUUUUCUUUCUUCAGUGUGCCAUCUUACUUUUUGUUUCUUGUAACACUUAAAGUGAAACCUGACUCUCUGGUAAUUCAGAAACCUGAAUUGUCAGGUGUCCCUGCUUUCAUGGGGCAGCCCCUCUCCCUCCUCUUAUCCACAUCUGGGUGCUGUGCCCAUGGGGGUCCCCUGGCUCACACGAAGCUGGCUGCUAACAGAUGGGCGCUUGGAUCAGCUUUCGAAAUCCUGAAUUAUUUAUUAGGAACAAAAUAGUUGGGUCUGUGAACAGGGCCCUCCUUCCACUACCCUUUGUCUCUAUAAAGUGCAAUUGAGUGGCAGAGUUUCUAAUUACAGGUUAGGCAGCGCAGUACCUCCUCCCCAUCACAGUGAGUUAUUUAUACACCUGAAUUAAGGUGACGCAGCUUCUGCUGGAAGAAGUGGAUUUAAUUCACCUUUUAGAAAAGGCUGCAUUCACUCAAACCUCGUGACCCAGUUUAGAUUCAGAGACAGCCAGGCCCAAGAGGAGGGGCAAAAAGAGGGAGCGAGAUGACAGAAACAGAGAAGGGGAGGGGUAUAUGGGUAGGUUGCAUAUUAUGAACUUAUUUUAUAAACCUAUUUACUUACAAGUGAGCCCUUUUUAUGUCUUAAGUGCCACAGUUGAUUUUAUUACUUAUUAAGUAUAUAUCAGGUAUGUAAAAUGGGGACAUUACCUUACAAGUCAUAACCAUUAUAUAUAUUUAACUCUUAAGUUGCCAUAGUAAUACAGUGCUUUAAAGGCCCAUCAAACAACAAAAACAAAAAGGCUCCUGGCUGCUCUCUCUGGAUGUAGUAGUACUGGAUGUAGUUGCCACAUCUUACCCAAAAAUUCAGCAGGGACAAACUAAUAUUUGGAAGGACAAGUGAGAUACUGGAUGGUACUAAUAUUUGGAAGGACAAGUGAGGUACUGGAUGGUUUAGGACGGUAGAUAGCACACCAUAAAUAAUAUCCUAUACUGCUGUGUCAUUCAGAGGACACCUGGGUUUGAGGCAGAGUCAGGCCCCAAAAGGAUGGUAAGGAGAGGAACCUAUAGAUCACAGUGUUUUGAUAUCCCUGGAAGCGGCCUCUGCAGUUCUUGCAGAGUGAAUGAUAGAUGGGAGGCGCUGGGCUAUGGCUCUGGGUCUCUUUCCCAGCUCCUGUUUGCUGUCCGCUCCCAUUGAUCAGGCAUGUGGAAACAUUCCGCCUCCUGUACUCCCAUUGUCAGACUCAUGUUGCCAGGCUGCAGCUGCCCUCAAUAACUUCACCACAACCCCCACUUCUUAGGGCACCAACAUGUGCCAUGAACCCAUGUAUAUCAUCUAAGUGAUGGAUAUACUACAUCAUAAUCAGUAUAACCAUAACCACAAAAUGUCACAAUCCAGAAUGCAUUUAUCAGGAAUCAAAACAUUAAAUUAUAACAGAGUUAUUAGUACAUGUGGGUGUUCUAAAGGUUUUAGGUAAAUUCCAGGGCCUUAUGUUGGAUGACUCAGUCUAGCGGGCAUGUGUUUUCAUGAUGUGAGCUAUGAAGUGUUGGACCGGGGUCUUAGAGUGCUUUCUGGGGGGCUGUUGAAUGUUCCCUGAGCCUGAAGGACACUGGAAGUGCUGAGCUCAGCUGAUUAGCAUAACAAUCCCUGCAGAUCCUCUUCAUCCUGCACUAACGCUGGGCUUUUCAAUCCAAUUUCCAACCUCCUUCUUUAGCUGAUUACAUCAACUGGGAGGAGGGGUCUGACCUUAAAUUGAUGCAGCAUCUCCACAAGCAGUAUAUAGGUCACCGUGAGAUAGAUGGAAACGGCUUUUAACAGAGGGGACUAGUACAGCACAUAGUGAUACUGAGAAGCUGUUUGUGUAAUGGGGAAGGGGGGGGGGGGAGACAGGAAGAACUGAUUGUGUACAUAAAAUAGACAGAGGAAAGGGCUUAAGGCCUUUGCGUGACCAGGUUACCCUGAUUCUUGAUUCCCUAUUAGUCCUCAGUGUUCCUUUUGACUACUGAAUCUGAAAUUUAAGUGGAAGGUGCAAUACAAACCUAAUGUGUUCCUUACUCCAACACUUAUUGUCUAAUAAACAGGUUGUAAAUAAAAUGACCAUGACACUGUUGACAUUCAUAGCAUAAACGCUCUUUAACAAAAGGUCCUUGGAUCAGUAUUGUUAAGUUUUAAGAUUUUUGGCUCUUGAGAAAAUCCUAAAUCCUGACACUUUAGACCCAGCUCCCCCACCUGUGACUCAAUGAAUUCUUGUGAAUGCGUCUCUGCUUCCCACAUGAGCUCACAAAGCCCUCCCUGCUCUUGUUGGCUGGAAUAAAAGCUUCUAUUCAGACCCUCCCUGUAAUCUCGGCAGGUCCCUCUCACCCUCUGGAAUUCUUAUGCGAGGCACGAGUUAAAUUCAGCCAUCUAGGCUUAUAGAGAGCUGGGAAGAAAGCAGCAUGUUUAGAGUGACCUGUUAACAGGGCAUCCAGCAAACCUCUUCUAGUGACAGUGUCUCCUAGAGAGUGUUCCAAUACAGAAAGAAGGCCUCAGUGUUGUGAAAUAAAAGGCUCCCAUAAGGAUGGGAGGCACUAAGGAAGACAGCUAGCUUUCUGUUAAUAUUCUAUAUAUUACUGAAAUUAUAAUACUCCACAAUUAACUACUGCAUACAUUAGGUAGCAAUGCACUUGGCAGGAAUGUUACAUGUCGCCAUUAGGCUUUGAGCCAGGUAAAGGGUUUUUGCACACCUGUAGGAUAUUACGUUUUUGUGAAACUUAUCAGGACAUAUUAAUCCAUCUUAUUCUCUGCCUUUGGCUGCACUUAAUUCUGUUCAGCAGCCAUUAAAGCACAAAUAUAAAAUUAUUUGCCAGUAGAGCCAUAAGACUCGCCCGCUAAACUAUGGCUAGUAUAAGAAAAUUUACUUUUGUAGAUAUUUGCAACUUUGAAUGCAUCUUUAACAUUCUGGCAGCUCAGACUCUGUGUUUGGCACUAAAUUAAAGCUCUAACUUUUAAACUAUUUGCUUUUCAUUUUUUUUUUUACAGCAAAUUUCAAUUGAACAGACCUCCUCCUCCAAUACAAGUGCAUUUGGGUAAGCAAUGCACAAUAGAUCUUGAUGUGUGCAAAGAAAAUUUGAAAAACAGUCAAAUAGAGGUAAACAAGGUAACACGUUAAUUUGCACAUAAAAAAAUGCAGCUUGUCUGUGAUCCCAAUGUUCAUGGAUCCAGAGCACAAAGCAGAGGCGUGGAGGAUAGUUCUCAAACAGAUGGAGGGAGAGCGAGAGGAACAGAUCAACAGUAGUAGGAGGAAACAACCACAAUAAGUUGUGUAAACCUCUUUGGUACAUAUUUUUAUUUUCUUAACAGUGUGUCUUUUUAUUUUUUUUUAUAUACUUUAUUUUUUCAUCUUGACAAAAUUGGCGUGAGCCAUAUAAGCGGUUCGGCUUGCGCAGAAGCCUGUUGAUCCACAUUAUAAUUGUACAUAUUUAUGCAUAUACAUACAGGUAACAUUGCUAAGCAGAUCCAACAACCUUUGUGGCGCUAGGAACAGUGUGUCUUUUUAAAUAAGUUCUGACAGAGAGAUGUGGCUUGAGUGAUUGACAAGGGAGUAUAGCAUAUGGGAAGAAGGCACUGGGACAAAUGAAAGACAGAAAGGACAACAAAGUGUUUUGACAGGGAGGUUUUAGUAACUAACAUCCCACCUUUUCCCUCUAUCCUUUUAGAUACUUAGAUUGAAUAGAGGAGAGAUCACAAAAAAAGACAAAAGGAGACAGUUGCAAAUAAUUCUGACACACAGACAAGAUGACUUUCAUGAGGUUGAGAGGACUCAGGACUGCCUUUGCGCGCUAGGAGCUUAAAGGAACACUCCACUUCCCAAAUACAAAAUAAAUAAAAAUAAUGGUUUAUUAAAUAUACACCAAAUGAAAACAUAUAUGCAUUUAAUUAUGCAGUUUUUCAUUGGGGUAGAUCUAAAAACAUCUAGCAAAAACUGCAGUUAUCUUGUCUGCUGCGUUUGCAAACCCUCCCCUUCUAACUCCACCCAGACUUUCUGUGGCUGCCCAAUCACAGACAGUCCUUGCAGGUGCUGCUUCUUGAAUAAGUAACAGGACAUGUUGUCUGCUUGAAAGCCAGGGGGUGUAACAAGUUUAAUUUAUGAAAGUGUUAAUUUCUAUUGAAAUUAAAAAUAUAGGACACACUCUUAGGACCCAUAAAGCUUUUCAGCAAGCUAAAGUACAUUAGGGGUCUGGAGUGAACCUUUAAUUCAGAUGAAAAUGUGUCUGGCCUCUCUGGAGGGAAUAGCUGUUACUAAAAGUAAAAGGCCUGGGAAAUGAUGAGAUGGCGCAAAAGGACCAAUUGAGAAUUGAGACUGUCCAAAAUAUUGGCAGAAAGACAGGUUCUGCAAACAAGAACUACUUCUAUGAGCAUGGGGAGGUUGCCGGGCAAUGCUGCUAAAAUCAGAUGAGCCUUUUUCUGCAAUUACAUCAUCCUGGAUGUCUCUUUAUUCUUACACAGGGUUUCUCAAGCAUGGUCACCUUACCCUAUGCAACAUCAUUGGGAAGGCUUCUGACGACCUUUCCUCCAGUGUACAAAAGCUGAACAUUACUUUACAUUAGGUGGUAUCACCAAUACCUCCUCAUAGGAUAUAAAUGUUUUUGUAUAGUGGGGAAACACAGUGCCCAUAAAACUUUGGCCACUUUAUCCUUCCUCCAGCAGGCAGUAGAGAGACUGUAAUUAGCCUGGAUCCCCAACACCUGGAAUAUUCAGCCAACUGUUAGCUCUCACCGUAGUAAGUAUGAUGGACAGAAAAUACUUGGUGAUUCGGGUGGCUGCCGAUCAAGUAGGAACAUGUGACCGAAGGGCUAAAUGACAACAUUUGGGGCUCAUUGACCAUUAUGUUCUCCGACAUAUAUAUAAGAGAACCAAAUAGUUCACAUGUGAGUUCUGAGGCCACCGUAGCUGAACUCAUAUCUACCCCACACUGACAUCCCAACACAAAGAACUAUAAAAAGGUCACAUGCUCUCUGAAAUGUGCCUAUUAAAAAUAUAGCUGACCUAACUAAUUAGAACUAUCCUUAAACUCAUUCCAUGCCAUAUUUUCUGUCCUCCUCAAGUUAACUUUGCUUGUGAAAUUAAUUUCCUUUUAACAACAACUCCCAUCAAGCUCAGUAACAAAGCCCCAUUACAUUUGUUGGUUUAGUACCAUUGAGUUAGAUUUAUUUGUCAGCUGGUAAUCUGUUAUGUGUUGCACUUCUGUAGGGCAUAUGGGGCAUGGAACUUGCUGGAUCACAAUUUGUGGCAGCGUUCCCUCUAAUAUAUUACUUGUGCAUGAAACAACUCUGAAAUAGAUAUUUAGAUAGGUAAGGAUGCUAGGAAUGUAUGAGUAUAGUUUUGUGUCUAAACCAUGUUUAAGGCUCUUUUGGUGACAUUUAUCAAGGAAAAGAAGGUGGUUUAUUGAAGAAAAUAGCUAAAUAUUGAGAGACAUUUUCUUGAUUUCCAUGGUGAGUUCUCCUUUUUUAGCACUUUGUCCCAAAAUAGCACCAGUGUUUGACUUGACAAAUGUCACUGCUUAUGACAUCUCUGCAGCUACUAAAGGGUCAAAGGUAAUACAGCCACAUUGAAGUGUGUGUGGAGAUUUAACAUGAUUAUAUCUCUUAUACUCAGUGCUGCCAUCUUUUCAUUACACGCAUAUGGUGCCAUGGAAAUUUUUGGAUUGAUAUUGAGGAUGAGCUUAGAGUGUUUGAAAUCCUCCCUUUUUUGGCACAGGGAGUCUUGAAAAAAAAGGUUGACAAAAACUGAUUUGACUGAUCCCCAAGCUUUUUGCAAUGGUGCUUUUAUAAUCUCGCUUCAUUCACAAAAGCACAGCGUCAUUACAACACCAUUUAAAGGGGAGGUUUGGACAUUCUUGACAAGGCAUGCACUUCUGUUGUGUGGUCUGUAACUUCUCGAUGAUAAGGGGGGAUACAGUUUACAACAACUGCAUUAAUUAGGAGGUUCACCUAUAUUCAAAAGGCUGUGGAUUGUGAACACUCAUCAUUUACAGGCAAUCAAAGCAAUUUGUAGCUGGUGGUGUUAUAUUGCAGGAAAGGUUUUCCUGAAACCUAUCAGCCAAAUGAAUGAAUCAUUUUGAAUGCCACAGUAUACCUAAUCAUUGCCCUUUACUUUGUACGUGAACUUUACAGCAACUGUUUACCCAUUUUCCAAUGGGUAUUUCCAGUAGGAUAGUUUGCCAUGUUACAAAAAAGCCCUAUUAUUUUUAAAACUGGUUUUAAGAACAUGACUGUGUCUUUAGUUUACUGCACUGACCUGCACAGUCCUCAGAUCUCAAUCAAAUAAAACACUUUUUGGAUAAGGAGGUGUGUGAAUCAAUAUGUGGUUGAAAAACCUAUAGACCUGCAUUGUGUUUUUGGGUUACUAUUGACAAAAAUCCCCCAAAAAUAUUUCUAGUACGUUGUUGAGGCAUUGCUGUAAAAAGCCAAGUAUCUCUUGAAGCAAAAGAUGGCCCUAUCCAAGGCUAAAUAUCUAAUAAAAUGGCCACUAAUCAUUAUGAUUUCCUGGCAGGUGUAUAUAUGUUAUAUAUUUGUGGUAGUAGCACAUAUAUACGGCUUUAGCUUGCUAUAGCUGUGUUUUAGACAGCCAGGACUCUGGUGUCAAAUGUGUAGUGCUCUCUUGUAUAUUUUUUCCUUUGCUAGUUCUUAGCCUAGCAUAUACAGUAUAAUUGGUGACUAGCAGCUUAAUUCCUACAAUGAAAACAUAGCAAUCAGGAUUUGCUUUGAGUGAGCACUAAUGUAUUUCAUGUAGACAUGAAAUCAAAGUUGCUAAUAAUUUAGUUGUUGUCUGCUUUACAUGCUGGCAAUGUUAAAUCAUACCCAAAAUCUCCUAAGUUGAUUUCUUUUAUUUAUUUUUUGUCUUUGGUUCAUCAGUUACACUUUGAAGUUUCGGGAUGCUGCGUAAAUAAUGAGUUCUCUGAGUAUUCCUUAUCUCAUGGGAUGUGAGCAUACCUGAGUAUAGCAGAGCAGAAAGUCAAAACUUUGUGAAUACAAGGACCACUUGACUUUAGAGAUGUUCCAUGUUUUAGCAAAGUCCAAUAUAUGUAGAAAGUCUCCAAGCACGAUAACAACAUAUGCACCUUUUGGUAUUGUUCCUUUUUUCUGAUGGCAUAUAAGGACACAUUUUUUUUUAAACUUAUAUGCCAAAAUAUAUGUGCAUGAGUGCAGAUUGUGUGAGUGCCCACUCUCCCUGUUCCACUGGCAAACACUGUGUAGACAAGGCUGUCAAUACAGCUGUCAGGAACAUGAUAGCAACCACAGUAUGGCUACUCCCAGCUUAUUCAGCAGUUCCAAGCUUCACACGUGAUAAUUGUGAAUGCUGCUCAAGACUGAGGUAAAUAUCCAAUGAAUCUUUGCUGGACAGAGGUUUGUGGAAUAAGAUCAGAUCAGCCCACAUAAACCAGAAUUAGAGGAUAAUUAGGGUUUGGCUGAGCCAAACCACUGGUAACCAUCUCAGUUGCAGCAAUUUGAUGCUAACUAGGGAGCGGCCAAAUCCUACUUACUCUGUACCAAAGUUUUGGACUAAUAAAAAGAUAGUGAUAAAGAUGGGUGCUAGAAGUGCCAUACUUAAAAACCAUGAACGAAUGCACAAUAAUUACUGUAGUAAUGAGCUGUAGUUAUGGUGCUUGAAGUGUCCCUUUAAACAGACCAUCAAAACAGUGUGCUACAAAGGAAGUCUUCUCUGACUGUGUUUGUUUUAUAUGACCUAUUCACUGAUGCACUUUAUUUUAUUUUAUUUUUUAUGUUUGUUUUUUUUUUUCACUGUGCAUUGGGUUUUGAAAGGGAGUAGGUUGCAUUUAGCAAACAAAAAAGUACAAUAGUAAAAUAUCAGUUCAGCAAACAUUAAGGCCUCAGUUUAAUAUUUUGAAAUAUUUUUUCAAUGAUUAAAUAUUUUUGGAUAAAUCUUUUAAUAUUUAGAUUUGCAGUAACAAAUAUGUUUAUAUAUAUAUAUAUAUAUAUAUAUAUAGUCAGGUAAUGUGGCUGCACUCACGGAUUUUCAAUAAAAAUUAACUUUUAUUCCAGUUUCUUUAAAACAGAUCAACAUUUCAGUCCAUCUUGUGGACUUUCAUCAGGAUCAUUAGUACCUUAAAAAACAUAUCAUAUCCUGAUGAAAGUCCACAAGAUGGACUGAAACGUUGAUCUGUUCUAAAGAAACUGGAAUAAAGGUUAAUUUUUAUUGAAAAUCCGUGAGUGCAGCCACAUUACCUGACUAUAUGGAUACUCAAGCCCUGGUAUUGCACCCGGUUUGGCAAGUUUGAAGCCUAAGUGCAAGGUACAGUUUAUAUAUUUUAUAUAUAUAUAUAUAUAUAUAUAUAUAUAUAUAUAUAAUUAAUUUUUUUUUAAAUAUGAAAUAAUUAGAAAAAGCUUAUUUAACAAUAUUAAAUCAAGGUCUUAGAUAGUUAAAGUGAUCUUCUUGAUCUUUAAAAACAAAAAAAACAAACCUAAGAUCUAAUAAGGAAUACACAUUCGGUGAUGUCAGCUGCAGGUUUCCUUGACAGCAGUUGGCAAGACUGGGAGUCCUCUAAGCUCCAAGGUUCAGCACCUUAUUAUUCCUUUGCUACACUAGGUUAUCAGAGGGCUGCAGAACCAUAUGAAACUUAGACUAGAGUGAAACUAAUGUCUGCUUGAUAAUAAUAUUAUUUCAUAUAUCUCAUUUGGGCCCUGGAAAUAGCGUAAAGUACUCUUGUAGAUAAAAAAAAAUACAAUACACUUUAAGCUCUACUUUGUAAGAAGUCUGUAUCUAUUUUGUAUUGUAUACUGCAAUGUUUGUAUAUCUACUCUAUAUAUGUUAAAAUAAUAAUUAUUAUGGAGUUAAAGUAAAUGUAAAAGUAGAAGAUAAUCUUUUGAAAUCUCAAGAAGGGUGUAUCAUUGAUGUUGCCAGUGUUACAACAAUUGCACUUACUGCUAAUUGAAAUGUAAUGGUUGAAAAAAAAUCUGAACAAGUGUAUCCUUCAUAAGCAUCUGUACACUCUGAAACAUAUGUUUCUAAUAGAAUGUAUCUCAUCCUAUUACAUUUCAUUUUUCUAAAAUCAUUAUCAGUGACUUAUAUAUACAGUGGGACCUCGGUUUACGAAUUUAAUGCGCUCUCUGGGAUGUUUCUUAUUGCGAAACAUUUGUAAACCGAAACGCGGUUUCCCAUAGGAAUGCAUUGAAAACAAAUUAAUCCGUUCUGGAGGUCAGAAAAAAGUCAAAAUGAGCUGGCAUGGAAACCAACCCUCAAUGCAGAACACACAAUAAAAAGGCGUGCAAAUGACAAAGCUCAGCUCCCUACCUUUCCACAGCUUGAGAAAUGCACAAAAAGUCCCAAAACAACUGCAAACAAUUUCCAGAAUGGCUCCAAAAUUCGAUGCAAAAGCCGCUCCAACACCUCCACACUCGACGCCACAUGCUACCCACAGGCUCCAGCAUGCAGGGGACGCUGUUAUAAACAUCCCAGGUGCAAUGCAUCCUGGGGAAACUUGCUUUGUAUUGCGAAAAAAAAUUGUAAACUGAGGCAUUAUUUUCGAUGGAUUUUCAUUUGUAAACCGAAAAUUAUGUUAACCGAGGCGUUUGUAAACCAAGGUCCUAUUGUGUAUAUAUAUAUAUAUAUAUAUAUAUAUAUAUAUAUAAAAUUUACUCCAUAGGGGGAAGAUAAUGAUUUAGCUCAUAUGAAUGCUACCGCAUAGCAAUCUCUGCCCUGAUGCUUAAAGGACCACUAUAGGCACCCAGACCACUUCAGCUUAAUGAAGUGGUCUGGGUGCCAGGUUCAGCUAGGUUUAAUGCUUUUUUCUAUAAACAUAGCAGUUUCAGAGAAACUGCUAUGUUUAUAAAUGGCUUAAUCCAGCCUCUAGUGGUUGUCUCAUUGACAGCCGCUAGAGGCGCUUACGUGCUUCUCACUGUGAUUUUCACAGUGAGAAGACGCCAGCGUCCAUAGGAAAGCAUUAUAAAUGCUUUCCUAUGAGACUGGCUGAAUGCGCGCGCGGUUCUUGCCGUGCAUUCAGCCGAGGAGGAGGCGGAGAGGAAGAGGAGAGUCCCCCGCCUGGCGCUGGAGAAAGAGGUAAGUUUAACCCCUUCCUCUUCAUCCAGCCCGGCGGGAGGGGGACCCUGAGGGUGGGGGCACUCUCAGGGCACUAUAGUGCCAGGAAAACAAGCAUGUUUUCCUGGCACUAUAGUGGUCCUUUAAAGUAUUAACAGGCAGAAAUUCUAGUUAAAAAAUUAAUUAGGGUGCCAAGUUUUAAAUGUUUGGGGCACAGCAUGUAACCAGAGGUGAAUUAAGUAUGCGAUUAAUUAAUGGAGCACUGUGAUUGGCAGUGCGUAUGACAGCCAAUCAUAGAGGCUCCUUCAUUGAUGGUACAGGGUGAUGAUAUGUACAAACUUUUUUUGGGUGACUAGACUAUGUAGAUUUUUCUUGCCCAUUAUUGUUAUUUUUUAUUUUAUAGGAUUAGUCCAACCAAAAUAAAUGUGUUUUCAUACAACAGAGUAACCAUGCUGUGCUGGACAACUGCCCCCCAAUUUAAAAAAACUAAAACACUAGAACUUUUUGCUGUUCCUUGUUUAGGCCAGGGGGGGAGAGUAUCAGGGAAAGUGGGCUGAAGCAAGGACAUGGGAGUCACGAAGGAGGGGGAAGGGCAAGGCACCCAUAGCCAGGGAACUAAAGAUACCAGUGGGUCAAGCUUCCACAAAUGGAUAGGUAAACCAUAAUAUGCCCCUAAAUUUUUUUGACUGACUGCUUAGUAGAGGGUUACUUGUUUCAAAUUAGAUAUUGAUUAACAGCCAACUUGUUAAUUUCUAAUAGCAUUUACUCCUAUUUUUUACCUGAUUAAAAUGUAAAGAUAUUGAAUAUGUAAAUUCAGUGGAAAUAGUUGAAUGGUCAAGAGAACAUUUGGUGAACAGCAGUUUGAUUUGUAAUUAUUUUUGUAUCCAAAUGGUGCAUUUUACACAGUUGCUGGAUGCAAAAUGUAAUAAUUUAGAAAUUGUUUUACCAGAAAGAAUACAUUCAUAGUUGUUUUGUUUUAUAAUAUGUUCUGGGAUACUCCUGCAGUACAGAUGCAAAAUUAUAGGUUUAACCUCUUUAAUACAUGUUAUGCCAUCAUAAUAUAAUGAGAUUUGCCUUUACUGAUGAAGGGAAUAAAAUAUAUUCAAAACAAAUAUAUAAAUAUUAGCAGUUUGAUUUUGGAUACAGGGAUUCUGACCUUUCCAGAGAUUUCAAACAUAUUGAAAGUUUUAUGUUUUCAGAAAGUGUGUUUAACAAAUAAGGCUGCUUGACACUUUUUAACUGAGAAUACAGAGAAUGGAGUGAGCAUUCUGCUUAGGUAGCAUAGGAUCUUUCGAACUUAACCAAUUGAUCAGACCCCAGCCAGGAACAUGCCAAAAAAGACAGCCUCGACCCUUAAUAAAUAAAUAAAACAUUUAUUUCUUGAUAGGAAAAGUGACUGUAGACCCCAGGGGAUACAACAAAGUAUGGAAAACAGGUCCACUGUCUAACGCAUUCCGUGCUUUUAACACCUCAUCAGAAUAUGGUGCUUUCCAGUUUUCCAGAGCUGUUCCAGAGAUAUGAUUAUGAACCUGUAAGGAAAGAAGGUUUCUGUGGCUUUCCAAUAUUUUUCAUCUUACGUAUGUCAGCAUAUGACAAUGAUAAUCACGUAGCAGGGAAAUUAUUAACCUAAUGCAUUAUAAUGUGCUGAUUUUAGUAAGAUGGAGUUGUGGCACCAAAUCAUUUACUCUGUAUCUUAACAUUCAAUGACAUUGGCAUUAGAAUGUGUUGCACAAUUCAUUUCCUUACCACUGUUUUGUGAACAGAGUACCAGUGGGGAUAAAGGUUGGUUAAAAAUAAAUCAGUAUUAAGUAAAAAAGAAAGAGUGAAGCUAAUUGUGGCAGGUUAGACGCUGGCAUUCCAUCUUUCAGUAUAAAUCUAGAAUCUGAAAUACAAAUGCUUGUAUUCAAAUCUAUGGGUGCACCAGGAGUGUUUCAAAUUAUCUGUUGUAGAUAUGCAUCUUAGUGAUUAACCUGGUCAUUUAUGAAUAGCCUGAUAUAUUUAUUUCAGUUGGCCAACACUAACUGUGUUUUAUGUGUUAAGAGAAAUUAACAUCUAUGCAGCACAUUACAAGGUCAUCCUAGUGAAUAUGACUUUUCUGCGUUAUUAUUAGGAAUACACAAGAUACAGUGCUUCCAGAUUGACUGCUAACAGUGCAUCUGUGUGUAUAGCAUCUCAAAUUGCUAAGGUGCGUAUGGAUGUAAUUAAUGCCCUAAGGAUGCCAUUGAUGAGCUGUUUUUUUCUCUUUGACUAAUAACUGCCAUGUAUUCCUAAUGAGCAACAUUUUGUCUAUCAUUUUGGUACCUACAGUAGGUAAAUUCAUGUUUUGUAAAAUAUAACUACACAGUAACAACUGGCAACCACCCAGAAAUGUAAGCAUUGAAACCCAGUUAAGUAUAUUCUUAUUCAUCACUUUCUUAAAAUGUACACACACACUCAGUUUUCGGGCCUAAAACCAAUUCUGAUUAAAAUUACAGUAAAAAGUAAUUACUAUACUCUUUUCUUUUUAGAUUGGAUUUGAAUAAUUUUCAAAGUAAAACUGCAAUUUCCCAUGAUUUUUUUUUUUUUGAUAUGUCAUGUUUAGGUAUCCCCUAUAUUUAACAAAUAUGUAUUUGUUAGGAUAAAAAAAGUAAAAUUAAAUGUAGAAAUCCACACAACUUUAUUCUGCAGCUGGGCGCCUCCAUCUUAGCUCAUUGUUAUAAGCUCUGCUGUUUGCACCUGGCAGCGAGCAUAGACAAAGCAUGUAGAGAAGAAGAGAAAAAUAAAACGUUUCCAUUUCUUCUCAUUUUCAAUCUUUGUCCAGGUUGUUCAUUGACUGACCUGCAUUGUGAAGAAAUGUUCAAAUGCUUUACUAUAUAUUGAAAAGAAAAAGAAGCAUCAGAUGGAAAAAAAGUUAAAAGAAUACUUUGGGCACCAUAACAACUUAAUUGAAAGGAAGUUGUUAUGGUACCAAGAAGUACCUGGUGUUGGCUUACCUUUAGGGGUUUAUCCCCUGAGUCCUCUCUGCAUUGCCAUUUAGCCCUGCCCUAAGGCUGCUCUCAGAUUGUUCAAACAGGAAACCUAGGACUGCCGCAGACAGGGCCCUGCUGAUGUGCUGAGAUCGGCAGCUGAAACUUUAAGCCAGUCAGUAGCUCCCCACUGAUAAAAGUGAUUUGUGAAAAAUAUGUAUGUUUCUCAAUCCAUUUUGUGAAUGGGGAGCUACUGAUUGGUUUAGAGCAGUAUCUGAUGCUCUUUGUCAUUCAGUGGCAUCCCUGUUUGAUGCUUCCUGUUUAAAGAGAGCAGCGGAAGGCAUAGGUGGAGAGAAGACUUCAAUGUUAAAUCGCUCAUGAACGAUUUAACCCGCAAAGGUAAGCAGGCAUCUGGGGCCUCCUGGCAUGAUAGGAACUUAAUUCUGAUUAAGUUGUUAUGGUGCCCAGGGUUCUCUCUAACAUAAGUUAUAGGUGAUUUUCAAUGGUUUAUUUAAGGUGUAAUUUACAGAGAAGUGACUGUUCCUGUUAAAUGCAUUAUAGAGUUAGAGAUGAUCAAAUUAAAGGGAACUUUAAGCAUCAUUAACACUACAGCCAUCUGUAGUUGUUAUGGUGCCAGAAAUACCCUGGCACCUUGAUCUAAUUCAUUGGCUAAAUGGGACCUAUGAUAAAAUUUGAAAACACACAUAUAAACUUGGGACAGCUCCAGGGAACUCCUGGCACCAUAUGUAAUAAAAUCUGAACUAAAACACUCAACAACUCAAACAUCAGAAUUUUUGGAACAUACAAUAAAACACUGCAGGUUGGAAGGGAGAGAUGUCCAUAAAGGGUAGAAUUGUGGGUCUAAACUAUUUAACAAAACCAAAAUAAAACAACAAAGAAGUUUACUAACAAUCCACUAAGCUUAACUAACUGUAACAUAACACACAGAUGAAGGUAUCAUGUAUAGGUGCCUGGAGUGCCUUUUAAACGUUUUAUAUGUAAAAAUGUGUAAUUAUCUAAACAUCCUAAGUACACUUAUGGGUUUAUUUACAAGUCAGAUAACUUCGUUGGAUUGCCAAUUGUGUUACAAAUUCAAGGCCAAAAAAAUCCAACUAUGUAACUCAUAUCCAACUAUGUAACCCCUGUUUUGUGAGUGAACACUUUAGAUAUCAGAUGCAGUUUACAAGAUUAAUACAAAAUGAAGGUGGAUUGUACUGGUUUAUAAAUUGCAUCUAAUGUUUUUCUGUAAAUAAAUGUUAAAAUGGUUGACAUCAAUAAUGUUUAUCAGUCUAUAGAAAAAGAUACAAGUUCAAAGCAUUGCUUGUAAUUGUGUUUAAAUUCAAUCUAAAAUAUUUUUUCUAAAAUAAUUUUCAGGGUUAUUCACUGAAGUGAGAAUUAAAAGUGAAUUUCAAAUUUAGAGCCCCAAAAAACUAAGCUUUCAGUACAGCUUCUCUGGUCGUAAAUAUGAAGUUGACUUUGAAUUCUCACUUUACUGAAUACUCAUGUUAGAUCUGAGAAUGGUGGAAUUUGGGUCCAAACAAAAAGUCGCCAUUGUAUAAUAUAUUUGUUAUAAUAGAAUUAACUAAAGAUGCUUUGGUUAUGUUGUAAAGAUAGGUGACUCAGAGUUAUCAUUUUGUUGUCCACUGCAAUUAUUCUGUUACUAAUACUAUCAUGGCCAUACUGCCCUUUUAAUUAUACGUGAUGAUAAAAGAAAUCAAUGAAUUUAGUAGCCCUAAUUAGUAAUGGCUAGUUUGGGUGUUAUUGAUUUUUUUGUUAUCAUUAUAUUAAGUUCAUCACAAACAGUACAUUUCCGUUACCUUCUGUUUACAUUGUGUUAGAAGAUUUGAUUUAUAAAUAUUGUCUGCUUAUCUGCAAUAACAUGUUGUAAGGUUUAUCUGCCAUGCCAUAAACCAAAGACCACAUCACAAACGGUAGGCCAAAAAGUCAAAUUUGAAAACUAGAAAAAAAUGGGGUUUAGUUUUGCCACUUUUUUUUUGUUUAGAAUGUUGAUAGUUCUCUCAAAGCCUCUUCUUUUAUUCUGCUUUAUGUCAAACUAAACUAUGCUCUCUGCUUUAUUAUCUGUGUCCUCAGAGUGUUUCUGUAUAAAGAAAUAAUAAUAAUAAUACUGUGUAUAUCAUAAGGAGGGAUGUUUUAAUUUGAGCUGGUAUUUGUCGUUUCUACAAUAAAUAACCUCUUAGUAAAAUAUUCCCAUUGCUAAUCCCAUUAGACUUGCUCUGCAUGCACUUUUUUGGAGUUGUGCCCAAGUGCUGUGGCUGAGCACAGGAUUUCAGUGAUGGCACUGGAGAGAAGGUGGAUAUAGGUGUUAAUGGUGGUAGUUUUUGGUUGAUAUGUUAGUGAGGGUGGAAUGUCCUCCCCACCCCCACAUCAUUUCCAGUGGCUUUAGGGACAGUCAGUGGCAAGCUGGCUCACUAGGGAGGGGGGGGGGGAGGCGGGCAGGUGCCAGGGCGGGGUUUAUUGCACUGGGGGCGGGGUUUACACCCAGCCGGUGGGCGUGGUUAAUAGGAAUAAGCUCCCUGUGCUGCCUACCCGGGGUGGGAUGUUCGGGCAGGGGGCGUGGCCAUGCCGUCCCUUCCCAUCCUCUUGUCCCGGGAGCUGCCUCCGCUCUCAGGAGCCGCCACAGACCGAAUGGAGACAGAAGCGCCCCAGCCUGGACUGUCGCCCCCGGACUCCGCGCACGAUCCUUGGUAAGGGGCCCCUGCAAUGCUCCCUUAUCCCCCCUGCCAUCAGGGCUCCCAUCCCCGGGCUGGGCUGGAGGGGGGCAUGGUGGAGGGGGAGGUACCUGGGCACCUCCAGGCUGCUGUGAGUGAGUGUGAGGGUCAGAUGGGUAACUUUCACUGGGGAGGGGGAGAGCUCAUUGUUACCAGGUAUAUUGUGUUUUCUGCCCGCUCUCUUAACAGGAACUCAUUGUUACUCUUUGCAGAUGUAAGCUAUAUUGUGAGAGCACAGCAUGUAAGUGAUGUAGCAGUGAUUCCAAUAGUGUGCAUUUCAUGGCUAACUGGGAACGAGGAUCCUGCGAGAAAAGUCACUUCACUACCAGGGUGGCCAUAAGGUAGACACCCAGCUGCUGGAGAACUACAACUCUCAUGAUGCUUUGCCAGCCUAAGGGCUGGCAAAGGAUCAUGGUAGUUGCAGUUCUACAACAACUGGAGAGGUCUGCCUUUGACCACCCCUGCUUUUUACUCUGUGCUAACCAGGUGCUGCCUAGGAUCUGUCUGCUUGAACAAAAUGCAAUUUGCUUCUUUCUCAGUUAUCAUUGAAGUUAUCACUUUAUUAUUAUUAUUAUUAUUAGAAUAAAAUGUGUUAGCCUUUCCGCUGUUCUACUGAUUAAGAUCAGUCACCUUUCAUCCCUGUUAGCCUAGAGUAGUAACAAUUAAUGACCCCCCCCCCCCACUGUGUUUAGUAGUAACAGAUUUCUAUUACUUUUAAUACUGACAAUACUUAGUUGCCUGAUCCAUCAAUAGUUAUUCAUUGUCAUACAGUAUAUUUUAAUUAGUACUUUAUAGUCACCCAACUUGACUGGAAGUUCCCACUAGCCUGGCACUUGUGAAGAAAAUAAAGUUACUGGGGGCCGUAAACGGGACAUGUAAAAACUGAAUGUACUACUAACAAUCUCAAAUUGAAGGCACAGUUUAUAAUAGACACUUAUAUAAGUGCAAAAACAUUGGUGCGCUGAGGUGCUACAUUUUAGGUUCUCUUAACCAGUGUUGUAUUGGUAAUACUUUAUUAGCUUAACUUUCAGCUAGUGUAUUAACAGUACCACAGCCCAUUGUCCUUGGACUAUUUCCAUUGCCGCUAUGAAUGUAGUAAUUGUAGAGGAAAACAAAAUAGGUUUACUAAAAUCACAGAAAACUAAAACAAAUCUGAGUAUUCAAUUUAUGUAUAAUUAAAAUGUUUCAUUUGUAGUCCAAGCAUUUGCUUUAUAGAUUUGUUGAUAUAUUUCAUAUUUACGAUGGACAAAAACUCACCCUUUUGAAAAGAAUGACCCAUAUAGUACCAUAUGUACCACGUUUUUCAUUAUUACAAGUUCCCCUUUUCUAUAAUUUUGAAUUGUAUGAGUGCCAAAGUUUCUCUCUUUAUCACAAUGUUCAACGUACUUUAAUGUAAGAGUUUCUGCUUGGAACCUUAUCUACUACUAAUGCAUAUAAAACUCUUUUUAUGUGACAUCUUUAAACCUUUAAAAAAAAACAAAAAACAUUUUGGAUUUCAUGAUUGCCUGCUGGAUGGCAAACAUUUCCAGUUCCAUCAUGAAAAAUGUAUUUGUAUUACUCACUGAUAUGUCUAGAAAGUUACGGUAGAUUUUUUUGGAGAUGCCUAUAUGAUAUUUAGGAAUGUUGGGACCAUAUUAGGGUUACAUCAGCCAUUAAAUUGAUAAACUGACAAAUGUAUUGAAAUUUGGAAAAAAACAAAAUGUGCGUGUUUAAUAUCUUGUUUAUUGGAUAUUUAGUUAUUCCCAGAUUUUAGCCAUAAUGAACCACUCAAAUAUUUUGUAUUGCAUAUGUGUGUACACCUGGUACAACAACCCAGUUAGGAAUAUCAGAUAGUAUAUGGUGGUGAUGUGUAUAGUGUAUAUAUCUGAUUAUAUAUUGAGCACAUUUAAUAGAAGGACUGCACCCAUUAUGGUAUAUAAAUGCACUGGAAUAAUUAAAAACAGUUGCAGAACUUUCAAAAACUUUGUAAGCAACUUUCUCCAAAAUGUGACAUUUUUAAGAGUAUCAUAUUAGUCUCUACAGCACCAGCAAAGGCAAAUGGAUAAACUUACAUUUCUUUAUCAGUGUCAAAGUUUAACUGAUAGCCAAUAGAACCAUUGGUGUCGGUAAACAAUUGAAUGACCACCGUAAAUUACUGACACCGAGCUUCUAAGGUUUUGGAAUGUGUGUGUGCUUUUAAAUACUUUUUAAAAUCUUUAUAUUUUUAAGUAUGAACAUGCUAUGUGUUCUGAUAAUAAGCAUGUAGCAUGUACUAGCAGUUCAUAAUCUGUGUUAGAGGUUCAUAUUCCAUUCGAAUUAUCUCUCUAAUUUGUACCUGAGUGUAAGCAAACAUUUGACUUUUUAAUGUUCUUAACUAUAUAUUUUAAUACAUAUAGCAUAUUUUAUGACUAUUAUUAUUUCCUAUCUCUUCAUGCCUUGCUCUUGUUACGUUUCCAGCAAAAUGUUCAUCGGGGGUCUUAGCUGGCAGACAACACAAGGUAAGCACUGACUGGUUAACUGGGGACCAUAAUGGAAUAUGUAAUGUGUGUUUAAGGUGUGAGAUUGCUUAUUGCGUUUGCAUGCCCCCUUGUCACGUACUUCCACCAUUUUGUUUCUUAAUCCCACUGCCUCCUUUUUGUGGCCUUCCAUAUAUUCUCUCCAUUUCUUUAAAAUUGAUGUUUUGGAGUUUGUGUUGCAUUGUGGGAUUUACCUUCUCCACUAAAUUGGGAUGCUGCCUUCCUCUUUUUAGAGGGCCUGCGAGAGUAUUUCAGUCAGUUCGGGGAUGUCAAGGAGUGUCUUGUUAUGAGAGACCCGCUGACAAAAAGAUCCAGGUGAGAUUUAGCUCAUGCAUUUGAAUAAACCCAUGGAAAUAGAACCAAAAUGCCUUUUACUUAUUUACAGUUUUUUCACUUUGCUCCAGGGGGUUUGGAUUUGUGACUUUUAUGGACCAGGCUGGAGUGGACAAAGUUUUGGCUCAAUCAAGGCAUGAGCUGGACUCAAAAACGGUAAGUUUGUAUUUCUCAUUUCUUUAAAUUCCUGCAGAUAGGGAGGGUAACCAAUAAAAAUUGCAGUGAGCUGUGCUGAUGUGUUAUUAUUAUUAUUAUUAUUAUUAUUUUAUUAUUUAUAUGGCGCCAGCAAAAUUCCAUAGCGCUGUACAAUGAAUGUUUAUUUUUAUUUCUUUGUGACAGGUGGUUUAGUUGGUAAUAGUUGAGAUGGUCAAGGUGCUAGAGUAUGAUUUUUAUAAAUUAUGCAAAGGUGUUUAUGUGUAAGGAUGGUGUAAAAGUGGAGCAAGCUGAUGGGAAACUUUAUUGGUCUCCAUGGUGAUUGCAUUACUUUUUAGAACUUUUCUUCAGAGUUGCAUUAAACUUUAUCAUUGUUUUGUACCUAAGAUCUGUACAUUAUGUCUAAACCAAAGAUGGCCUCCAAUUGACAACAGGUAUUUGAAAUUAACCUUUGCUCAGUGCUCAUUGACAUAAAAUAUUAAUUGAUUAUCACACGCUAAUAAGAGAUAUAAAAGCUUUGGUGAGAUUUCAUGUGUGAUGUGAGUGUGAUGCACAUAGUGUAAUUAAAAAAAAUAAAUUAUAAUUUUAAUUUCUAAAAUUUAAAAAAUCCUGCCUUACAAGUAUUUAGAAAAACAAAUUUGAAGUUCAAUUCAUUGCGAUCAAUCAUGUAACUAAUGGGUAUUUAGAACUCUGGAAAGUGUAUGUCCUGUAUUCUAUACUCUAUUCUACACUAUUGCUCAGUGUUUGUCAUAUUCCUUUUUUUAGUUUGUGCAAAAUAUUUGUUAAGAUGAUAAAUCCUAUUUAGUGAACAUGGCUAAAAAAAUAUUCCACCAGUUAUAUCUAAUAAAACACCUUUAACAUGGUUAAAAAGAUAUGUUUUCUGGCAUAGCUCAAUGUUUGUGGUAUCCUGGGAAAUGAAUGCUUCAGGUCAAAAAUAUGACCUUCUUUAUCCAGUAGUCUAUUUGCAUCACAAUGUUUGAUGUACAUUUUUAUACCCUUUGUAAUUAUUCACUGAGUAUAUUUUAUUUAUUUGUAAUGGUGUAAAAUCUUAUGAAAAUGAUAAGACAUUUCACUAAAUAAGCUGUGUUGUUGUUCUAAAAGCACAAAGUUCUUAUGGAGGCACAUCCAGGCUUAAAUUUCAUCUUCAGGCCGUGAUGAUCCCCUUAAAUAUUGUUUAGUUGUGCUCAGAGACGGCUACAUGGUCUCUGUAACAUGACCUUCAAAUAUACUUUUUUCAAUUUUACCAUCACAAUAGUCUGCUAAAUGGCAUCGUUUUUUAAAUCAUACGCUUGAUUGGCAUUUUACAUUCAUACACCUGCCUUUACGUAAAUCUAAUAUACUACUAUGUAUUAACAGACAUAGGUGCUGUGAUGUAGCUCAGAAUCUUAACAAUAGUGUUGUUUAGCUUGCUGCUUAAUAAGAUGACAAGUGGAUGAAUGGUCUAUCAGUAUUUUUAAGGUGUUAGAUCACAUCUGUUUUGAAGUUAUGUGAUAGAAAGGGAUUGCAUUUCUGAUAGACAUUUUUGACCAAAUGAAAAGAUUUCUUAAGGGAUGUAAAUCCAGAAAAUGAAGCAUCCUGCCACGUUGUCACUAUGAAGGAUUGGGAACCAUGGGGAUGUGAGUGGGAUUUUAUCUACCGUAUAAGGACGUGCUUAUGCGUUGAGGCUCGUUAGUUGAAGAUGUUCCCUCUUGGGCCACAGGUAAUUGAGUUUCUGCCGGCUGAAAGAGGUUACUAGAAUACAUAAAUCACUUACUUUGCUUGUGCCCCCUAGUUAUUUCUGAACCAGCACAUUAACCAACCCCAAAUGGAUUUGAAGUGUGAGAUUCCAUUUCGUGUUUCCAUCUGAUUUGAGGAUCACCACCGUAUUGUUCAGGAUUCAGGUGUUUACAGUCUUGUUUGGGGGAAAUGCAGACUGUCAUAGCUUAGGGAAACAGUGCAGUGCUUUGCAAUUUUAUUUUUAAAUCCAGCUGGGUGCUUAGGUAUUGCAGUCAGCACUAAUUUCAAAACUGAAUUAAUUAAUUUAUAAAAUGAUUUGCUAUGCCAGGUUUGUAGCUAUCUAGCCUAGUCAGUGGUCUCUUGUUUGUCAUUCGGAGCCAGGGAGCUCUGGGGAUUGCAUCUCAGCAGACAUACGGGGGAGGGGAGCUGUGAGUCUCAGGCUGUUUGUCCCAUGGUCCAUGGAUGUGAAGUUUUUUUUCUUUUGUUGCCUGGGAGGAGACAAGUGUAUGUUUCAUACAAAGAACGUUUGAAAGCAGAGGGGGACCCACCGGCAGUUUGAAAAGACUGUUCUUUAUACUUUGUUUUAGGCUGAGGGGGUAGAGGGUCAUACUAGCUGAGCUGGAGGGGGUUAGGUGAAUAAUUGAAAUAUAUUGGGAACAUGGGUUAUGUGAUGUGUUAGUCUGUCUGGAUCACGGCUUGGUUGGUUUGGCACCUCAUUAGGUGAGUCUUUGCUUGAUUUAUGACUUAAGUCCAUUUGCUUAGUGGGUGCUAAUGUUGGUUGGGUGCUUUGGCAGUUGGGUUUUUUCCCUGUGGGUCAAUUAUUAGUGUGUGGGUCAUUUAGUCUGUAAGAGGGCAUAUGCUAUGCAAAUGUUAGCCUUUUUUUAUGUCAUUUCAGUACCAAAUGUAUGAUCAUCUAAUAUAGUCCUGCAUUCUACUUUUAUUAUCAAGAGAAAAAUGUUUAUUAAUUAGUUGAACUGUUAUGUUUUUUUUCUUCUUCUUUUAUUUUUAUUUGAUAUUAUAAUUAUUUUUAUUUUUUUCCAUAAAAUUCAAAAGGGUAGUAUUAUAAAUUGAAUUAAAGCUCUCAUAACACGUUAGCCAAAUGGCACACAGUAUUAAUCCAGAGCGGGACAAAUGUAUGUACAGUUUACCAAUUUGGAAUUAAACCAUGAAGAAAUACCUCCAUGGCAAUUAAUUUAAAAUUAAAAUGGCACACCAUGUAAGGAAUCACAGACACAGAAAUGGAUACAGCCCUGAUCCCAAGUUUUGAUAUAUUUAAUUGUAAAGCCAUGUGGUGUUCAGUAUUUUCCUAUCCAAGUUUAGUAUAUGGGUCAGAUUUUCAAGUCUGCAGACCAAGUAUACUGCUGUAAGAGUAUUAUUUAGUAUCACAGCUGUAUCUUUCAGACAUUGUCAUUAUGUUUUAGGCAUAAUGUGUGCUUAAAAAAAAAAAAAAUGUUAGUUCCAGAGUAGCUAAAUGAAACCUUCACAGCAAGAUCAUUACAGUACUCAUCUGCUUCACUUUUGAGUCCACAUUUCAAUCUGAAGUUUUAUUCCUGAAUUGGUUGUUGUAAAACUUUGAGUGUACAAAUGAAAAUAUAACUAUGUAUCCUGGUUUGCAGAAGUUCAUCUUUAAUUUAUUUUUUAAAUCUUAUGUCCAGAUAAAGGUCUAUAGAUGUUAUUUUUUCAGCAUUUGAUUUUUUUUUUUUUUUGCUGAGAUUUGUGAUUUGCCUGCUAUACUGAACUAUAUUGGAUAGCUGGUUGGUAAAAUUGUAUAUGUGUGCGGUAGGUUACUGGUUCCUUAAAUGGUUUGAUCCUGCAGAAAUACAUGUUUUUUUUGUAAAAUUUUGUUUUAUGAACUAGCAUGUAUUUCAGAGCAUGUGUAGUCGUCGAACUACCAAAUCAUUAAUUGUUUAAAAUAACUUGAAAGAAAGACUGCCAUCAUUUCCUUCCCUUAUUACACUUUUUAUGUGAGUUUCUUGUAGUCUCCUUUAGGUUUGUGCUCCUUCUAAAGUUGCUCUAACCAAAGAGAAUUAUUGCAACAUUGUAGCAUAUAUUGAUUUAAGCCCUCUCCCCCAAUAUAGCUUGGUGUUACAGGUGUCUGUCCUGGUUCUCCAUUUGCCAUUUACCUGUAACAAUAGUGACUUGUGUUUAGUGAUGUGAAAUUGGUGCUUUUCAACUCUGCUCGGAGCUGCAGUUUUCUGCUAAUAGCAUCUUCCUGGCCUUUACUGACAUAGCAGAGAGGAAUGUCAUGACAAAGAGGUAUUGUUGGAAUAUGCUAUCUCCUGUUUAGAUUUCGUUCCCUUGAUGCCCAGAAGCACAAACAUUCCCCAGUUCAUCACUACUCAGUGAGGGCCAUGUAGACCCUGCCAAACCUGACCCCUCUUGCCCUUCUCUGAUGUUACUCCCUAAAGACCUUGAUUUGAUUUGUUAACUUUCUUGCAGCAAUUAUGUGAAAAAACAAAAACCACAAUUUAUCAACCUUAGUUAUUGUUAAGCUGGGAAAUGAUCAGUUGUCUUAAACACCACCAGUAUUCGAUUUGUAUUCUUCUAUUGCUCUUACAAAUAAAUGGAUAAUUAAUUAUAAACUAGACUUUAACCCACUGGCAAUACUUGUAAGCUUUAAUGCAAUAAAUCAUUAUUACUGUUCUUAUUAUUUAUAACAAGUCUACAUAGUAAUUCUUGUACCAAAGCAUUCUAGCAUUUGCCAGAUAAAGCAUUGAAAGCUUUGCCUUGAUAAUGAAAAACAACAAUACAUUUUCUCACUACAAACACAUCAUUAAGGUACAUGACACUAUUUGUGGGCCCAUUUUCUGGUUGCAGAGUUAAUUUAUGGGGCUCAGAUAAAUAUCCAUAUUCCAUAUCUAAGCUUGAGAUCUGAUAUCUUUUUCUGUUUAUAUUCCUUAAUUCCACGUUUUCCUUCCCCUUAGUAUAAAUAUUAUCUGUAUGCAUGCACCUUUGUAGAACCCUGUCUUCUUUAAAAAAAAAAAAAAUAUAUAUAUAUAUAUAUAUAUAUAUAUAUAAGUAUUUUUUUAUGUUUGUAUAUUUUUUUCAGGUUGGUUUUUUUUUGUGUAGUUGUUCAUGGGAUGAUUUUUAUAUUCAAUAUUGUAUAUGUUAUAAUUUUCCAUAUUUUUCUAACUUGAUUUAAUUUUAUAUUCUAAUUAGAAAUUCUCAGUUCCUUACUAGGCUCUACUCUUUUGUUCUUGCCUCUGUUUUAGAUGCGUAUUAGUUGUGUUUAACACAUAUAUUUUGUUGAAGGAAUUUUUGUUAUCUGUCUCAUUCCUGUUGUUUUUUGGGUUUUUUUUUUACAUUCAAGAUGUGUACACUGUAGAAUAAUGGCUCUGACGUAUAGCCAUCAUUAAAGUUACAUUUGGCCACUGAUAUGUGCAUUUACAUAGAGUACGUGUUAUUUGCUUAUGUGAAUUGAACAUUUAAACCUUGAAGUGAUAACUUUGGAAGCCAUAUGAAAAAAAUAUAUAUUUAUUUUCAGAACCACUAUUCUUGACCUUUAUCAUUUUUGCCACAGUUUUUCUAGUUUUGGAAAGGACAGUAAGGCCUGAGCUUAAUUCCUAGAGGCACUGGGCAACUAGGUCAGAUAUACUGUUAAACAAGGUGUAUUACUGAAAUGUGCAACUCAAGGCUUCCAUAGAGCUUGAGACUUAAAAAGGGUUAUUCAUUAAACUCCAAAUUCUCAUGAAUUAAAUCCAAACUGAGGUAGCAAUAGCCAAGACUGUGACUGAGUUGGAUUCUUUUUCCAUAUCAGCUCAUUUUGUCUCAGAUUCUCCAACUGGAUUUAAUAUGCAAAACUUUGUGAGUUUGGUGAAUAACCAUGCUGGUCUCCUAAUUCUUGUCCGAUGUGAUGGCAAAUAUGUGAGCUUUAUAUCAGAUAUACGCAGGGUUAGGUUUAUUUCAUAAUGUAAGCUCCAAAACACAUAUGUAUGUCCAUAAGGCUUCUGUGCCUUGUGCCAUGAAGUUUGGUGGCAUGAUUCAGCUGUUCAAAUGAGUUCUUAGUGCAUGCCCACUUGGGAGAUUUCCUCUGACAGUCUAUUCACUGAACUGGUGACAUGUGAGGAGCUGGGGGAUGAGUACACUAGCAGCAUUUGAGUCAACGCUUCUCAGAACUCAAUAUCCCAGAACAGUGAAUCAAAAUGUUAUUUGCUUCACUGAUUCCACAGAACAUUUUUGCUUACACAGCACAAUUAUCCUAUUUCUGCAAUUCCACUUGUGAUGGGUGGUACCAAACAAAAGACUUCUACUUGUUUUAUAGGCGAAUUCAAUUACACCUUUUGAACAGAACUUUGAAAAUCACCUGGGUUUUUGUUUUUUCCUAAUGCUUCUGUUUCUUUUGAACAUAAAGUAUAGAAUAGUAAAGGAAAGAAAUGUACAUAUAUUUAUUCACAAAUGGCAGCCAGUGAUAGUGUAAGUGUGUCAGAUGAUGCCAAUCACUGCCAUCCUUUCACUAAUCGCGCUAAUGCUUCUGUGUUAGUGCAAGCCAAAGAGGAGAGCUGCACACCCACAAAUGUUAAACCGUAACACUUAAACGUAAAAUGGCACCAGGAUCCCCAUGCACCAUAACAAGUUCAUUGAGAUUACGUUGUCAUGGUGCCCUGAGUAUCCUUUUAAGUUUCUUUUUCGUGCCUUGCAAACACUUGCUUAGGACAUACACAUACCCAGGACAUACUUGAAAACAAGAGAAAUCUCAAUGUAUCUUUCCUGGUAAAAUAUUUUAUAAAUAAAUAAUACUUGCUAAAUACAGGUUAUAAGAAAAUAUAUUUUGUAAUUUCUGAGAAGUGUCCCAUUAAAUAAUGUUGAAAAUGACCCUAUAGUAGGCAACAUUCUGAGGUCUAAUUAAAUACCACCCAAAAUUUAAAAUCGAAAAAGGGAGACACUUUACUUUUAGGGGUGUGAGUGGGUGGGAUGUUUCGAUAAAGUUUGGAUUACUUGCUUAUAAGAAUUGCUGUGGCACAUUGCUGUGAGUAUUAUGGAACUCUGUUAUACAUUCAGACACACCAACAAUAUGGAGCUCCCAAAAAGAGGACAUUAGGAUAAUAAAGAAAGGUCAAAAGGAUUUGGGCCCCAGAUUUUUAUUUUAUCUGCCAAACAUGGACAUUUGGGAGGUAUGUAACCACUAAAGUGAUUUAAAAAAUAAAUACAUAAAUAUAUAUAUAAUAUAUAUUUUAGAUUUUAGGCCAAAAUAACCAAAUUAAAAAAAUUCUUCUGCUCAGCAUUGUUUACUGUCUAGCUGCUUUGGCAUAAAAUUUUAAAUCCACUUUGAAUUACCAACAGUUGACAUUUUAUGGAAUAACCACAUUUGUAUUCAUAACUGAUGCUACUCAUUACGACCUCGCUGAUACUGUGUGAUUUCUCCCAGGUUCUGAUACAUCUCUAGUUUCCUGUAUGCUUUAAGCUACAUUUUAAUUCUCUGUAUUUAUUUUCUGUAUGUUUCUUUAAAUAAAAUUUUAUAUCUUACAGGAAAGCUAUUUGUAGUAGUAUUAUCUCAAAAUAUACUAAGCCCACUACAUAUUUUCUCUUACAGAUUGACCCAAAAGUAGCAUUUCCUCGCAGAGCUCAACCCAAGGUGAGUCUCUGUGAUUGGGUAGAACGUUACGCUUGUUUGGGGGGGAAAGGGGACUUGAUCUGUAAGAUUCGGAUACAGAUUGGGUGUGGGAAUAAAGUUAAUCUUGUAGAAACCUGUAAGAUUUCUACAGGCAACUUAGUGGCAAAGCCUUAGAAAGGCUGUUAAAGCUCUGAGACACAUGUGUAGAGUGGGAGGGAUAUGUAACUAUUGGGAAAAAAUCGGCUUAAACCAAUAACUAGCAGGUGGAUCAAAAUGGGUCUGCAGGCACCAGCAUAACUGGGUUAAUUCCUUUAAGUAGUUUGUUGACAGACGGUCGCUGGUGUCAGCCAGGAAGAUUAGUGCUAGGGUAAUUAGGGGCAGCUGGGAGACCCUCUGCACAAGGCCUGUUACUUAGUGAGUAUCCUUAUAUGUGGUAUUACACACUUUUGCUCCCUGUUAUGUGUGGCAAUGUGUAUUAAUAACGGGGGAGAUGGGGGGAGAUGGGAUAUAUUUGAUUGUGUGUGACGUAUAUGCAGAAUAUCCUGUCUAUUGCUAAUACACUGUCUUCAUCAGUGGGAACUCAGCAUCCAUCAUAGUCACUACAAUGACACCUGUUGUUUAAAUAAACUCCUUAUACACAGCCCUCCCCUGUUAGCCAGUUUGUCUUUUGGACAGGUUGAUUUUUAGGCUGGAUAUAAGACUCUCUCCUAAGAUCCCUAUUUAUUACAGAUGGUGACAAGGACAAAGAAGAUAUUUGUGGGAGGUUUAUCUGUGAAUACAACUGUUGAAGAUGUGAAACAAUAUUUUGAGCAGUUUGGCAAGGUGAGUUUGACAUUUUCGGUACCAGGGAGGAUUUCACUCUUACAGGACAAUGUGUAUAUAUGUGUAAAUAUAUAUACAUUUACUAUAUGUUCGUUUAGGCACUUUCCUGUUAAGGGAUUUUUUAAAUAUCCUUUUAAGCAUUAUUCAGGGAGUAUAACCAGACCAGUUUGCUUUAUGUAACUAGGUAAUUAACUUGAUUUGUACCUUAUGACGAAAUAGUGUCGGCACAGGCCAGUGACCAUUGUCUCCAUGACAGCAGGGUGAAAUAUUUGCGUCAUUAUGAUUUAGAUCAGAAAGAGCUCAGGGGAUAUGUGUGUGUUUGUGGAGCAAAGGGAGCAAUGGGUGUCGGGGGGGACAGGGAAUUAUGAGGGGUUAAGGUUUAAUCAACUUUAAAGAUGGGGAAACGAGUUACUAAAUAAUCUGAAGACAUGAAAACUUGUAAGGCAUUGGUAAUCAUAUUAAGAGUAUGUCAACUCCUCCUUUCUGCAUCCAGGAUACCUGAGGAUGUACCUCCCUCAUUAUAAGACCCCUCACAGACACUGAUGAACAAGCCUUGUUAUAAGGCGAUUAGAUCCCCAUUUAAUUAGGAGGUUGGACAGAUCACUGGAUGACUGGGAUUUCUCUCUCAGCGGCUGCAGAUUAUCUGCUACAUUGUGGGAGGGGAGGGUGGGGGUGAUUUGCACACUAAACAGAGAUUGCAGAAACACACUAUGUCCAGAAAGAUUUACUGUAAUAAUGUGUCACCUGCCCAGGAAUGAAGGUUUGCAGCCUAUGUACUGUGUAUUCCAUUCCAAAAUAAAAUAAAAUACAGGCAUCUAGUUCAUCCUGUUACUUUUAAUUUCUCUUGCUCUAAUUCUCCUGUUGUUUCUCUCACUCUUUCCCUGUGUGUAUCUCUCCCCCUGAUAUCUGGUGGGGCCCUCUCCCCUCCCCCCAUCUUUUCAGUUGCACACAAAGGCUUUUGCCUCUGUCCCUCUCCCCUGCGGCUCAGGACAUACUAAGCUGCAGUCAUAGUAACAGGACAGAGCUCCCAGAGCUGCUGAUUCUCCAGGGAACCAAACGGUUUUGUUUGAAAAGCAAGAAACAGUUUGACCUGAUGAGUAAAUAAAUAUCUUCUCUAAUUUAAAGAGGCCUAUUAUAAACCUUGAACUGAACAGUGAGCGCAAUAUCUUAUCAGCCAUAUUUUCCUGCUUUCUGAUAUCCCCUGCAUGUCUCUCUCUCUCUCUCUCUCUCUGCUUUCCCCGUACGGCCCCCUUUCUCCCCUGGAUUUCUUUUCAUUCCCUCUAUUUUCUCUCGAGUACCUCCUCCCUAAUGUGUGUCCCAUCCAUGCCCAUGGCCUGGGUGAUCUACAUGCCCCUCCUCUGAUAAAAGAAAACACCCAUUUCACGUACAUGAUUCAAAUUGUGAGCCCUCUCUUUUAAGGUCCCCCAUUUUAACUGCUGUGCCCCCACCCCUGACCAUAUGUCCUCUAAAAACAAUCCCAGCUCCUACUAUGUGGCACCAGUCCUACUUUAACCAACCAAUAGUAGUAUAAUUCACUCCACUCCAAAUUAUCAAUCCAGGCUUAAAUAGUACAUCCAGCUGGAAUAUGUUUCACGUGUCUGUGUAUUUAUUUCACACAAAACAGGACAUGCCCUGCCUUUAUAUGUUAUGUGUCUCUGGUGAUUAAUUUGACAAUAUCUGUCACACAGGUUGAUGAUGCCAUGUUAAUGUUUGAUAAAACCACAAACCGGCACAGAGGUGAGUUAUUUAUUUAUAUUACAAAAUCAUUCAUUGCAGAUGUUUGAGCAUGUUAGUGUUUAGACAUUCACAGUAAUAGUAAUGAUUAGAAAUUACAGGAAAUUGGGAAUUUUAGUAGGCUCCCAGUUGGAGAUUCUUUAAUGUUCUUUUGGCAAAAAUAUUUCACUGGUCAGUACAGGUUUAGUGAAUAAAUCUGUGAAUCAGACAUUGCACUUGUACGUAUUACUCCCUUAAACUCUAAACCUACUGGCACUUCAAGAAUCACCAUUUAUUUAUGGAAACCUAAAUUUAAAAAAAUCUGAAAUAGGGUUACUUUUUACAUUUCGAGACUACAAUUGGGAAAACUUGUGCAGUUAUCACCUUUUGCACUAAUAUUGCUUUAACACCACUAACUGCCCUGUUUUCAGUCUUUACUUUCAAAUAGUAAAGCUCUACCGUGACCAUCAUUACUGCAGAAAACAGAGAUCGUGCUGUAUUAUGAUAAAGUAACCCUUCACAAGGUGGCUGUUGGUUACUGAUAAUCUGUUGUUACCUCAGUAAGAGAUCCUUGUUUAUAUAUGUAGUCAAAAGAACGUACCACAUUAAGGCUCCUUUAUUUAUUAAUUACUGGUAUUUAUAAAGCGCCAACAAGUAGUGGUCUUAUAAAGCAAAUUUUUGGAAGUGAAAGCCCUAGGAAAAAUAUGGCUAAUUAUUGAUGCAUUGAUAAGAUCGGCUCCUAAAGACAUAAGGUCUAAACAAAUAAAAAGAUGGGAAAAGGAAUGUAAUUUAAAGAUUGAUCUCACGAGCUGGGGUAAUAUGAUGAUAAAGGUAAAAAAAAAUAUCCAUAAUAUGAUUUUGUUUUAGACGCAUUAUAAAAUAUGUUAUCGUUGGUAUUUAGUGCCAAUUAGACUAAAUAGAAUUGACCAUAAGGAGUCGGAUAUUUGUUGGAGAUGCGGGAGUGAAAUUGGAAGCUUUAUCCAUAUCUGGUGGAGUUGUAAAUUAAUCAAGAAACUAUGGGAUGAGGUUUUCAGAAGAUUAAAUGUUUGGGAUAAAAUGUUGAUAGAAAAAUCUCCAACCUCUGCGCUUCUACAUAUCCACUGGCCUGAAAUAUCAUUAUAUCAACAAUUUUUGACUAUACAUUCAUUCAUGGCAGUGAAGAUUCUGAUAGAAAGAGGCUGGAAAACCUCUUAGGUUAUUGAUUGUAAGCAUUGGGAGAAACAGCUGUUGUCCCAGAUCAAGAAUGAGAUAGGCAUAUAUAGGGGGAAAGACAAUGUAAAGAAAUAUGAGAUGGGAAUAAAGUGUAUACAAAUCAUAGAAGAUAGUAGAAACUUAGGAGUAGUUCACUAAUUCACUUCAGUUUAUUGAGCUGUUAAAGAAUAAGAGACAUAUAUUGUUUCCUAUGUAUGCUGUGUCCUUAUCCCACUUUGUAUACGUAUGAACGGUGUAUGCUUAGAAGUAAUUGUCUAGAUUGUAUGUUAGAUAUUUAUUGUUGUUUUAAAUUGGUAUGAGAUAUCUGUAAUUUAUUCUUGGGUAAAACUGAAUAAAGAUUUAUAUUACAGAUUCCGCAGCGCUGUACUUUAGAGAAUACAUGUAAAACUCAGUUGUUCUGCACAGACUUUUUGCAGUUGAAAAGAUUCCUUAUAAAGGCAAAAGCAUACUAUUUCUACUCAACAGGCACAAAUUUCAAAGUCUCUACUCUUUGCCCUCAGUUUAGUCUCAAAGUUUGUAUGCAUUGUUGCUUACACCAAAAUAACCUAUCACGCAACACCUCUUGGCACUCUUGUUUCUGGCCCAUUAUUAACACACUUCUGUGCUUCUUUUUCAAUGCAGGUUUUGGAUUUGUCACAUUUGAAGGUGAGGAUAUUGUGGAGAAGGUCUGCGAAAUUCACUUCCACGAGAUUAAUAAUAAAAUGGUAAGUGGAAAGUUUUAGUGAAUUUUAAGCUGUUACUGUAUGCUUGUUACAAUGUUUUUUGUUUUUUUUUAAUGCAUUUCAUUGAGUGUUUGGCGGAUAUCCUAUAUAGAAAUAAUUACACUGAGCCUAUAUGCAUAAAUAGUCCUGCCUUCCUUAGACUGGGCAUUUAAUGCAAAUCCACCACAGCCUCAAUAACGUUGUACCGGCAGCAAGUAAAAACUCACUGUGUUGAGUUGAACUCAUAAUACGAAUUCCCAGUAGGAAUUAAGGAAAAAGUAAGCCGAUUUGCAUGACUAGCAGGAAAUGUUACUGUUCCAGAAUUUAUUAGUGAGUUUUUACCACAUCACUCGGCAGUCUUUUUUUUUUUUAACUAACUGGAAUAAAAACUCUUUAAAUACAUGCAAGCGCUUUGGAAUCAUUUUCCUUUAUUAUGUGGGAAUUGGAGGUGGAGACCCUUAAAAUGACAGUUGCCAUGACUGGAAACAAUUAAUGAAAGGAAAAUAUGUCCUUGAAUAAUCAAUAUUAUCAAUUAAUAUUCUACAGAUGUAACUAUACCCUAAACUAAGUAAAGGAACAGUCCAAGCUCCAUUACCACUACAGCUAGCCGUAGAACAGUUUAAAAAUGUACCUAGAUCCCCAUAGGUACAAUGCUGCAUCCAGUCUUCUCCAGCAGUAGAACCUGGAUGCCACAUUCAUUGGCUGAGAGAGUCAACUGAACACUCUUGGUAAAUGUUUGCAGUGCUGGAUUGGUUGUGCUUUGCUCUAAAUUGACAUUCUGUUUCUCCUGCUUUGAAGACCUGAUUUAGUGGAUGUGGUAUGGACAACUGGAGGGGCACAGGUAAGAUAUCAAACAGUGUGAUGGUGCCAGGGCACUCCUGGCUCUAUAAAUGCUACAGUGAGCUGUAGUGGUUAUGGUGCUUUUGGGUCUUCAUUUAAGAAUGUGUAUAUAGCUAAAUGUGUUUGUCACUAUCAAAUUUAAAGAAUUUGGGCUGUUAUGACCUUGUCUAAGAAAGAAUGAUACCUUGCUGUUUUAGUAGCUGAUUGUGAACUUGUUAUCAGUUUGACAAUAGUGUACAGCUUGGCACAUGUACUGUAUGUGGAUAAAGUAUUGUAAUUCAACAAAUUCUGAGGUUAUGCAGGCAAUUUCAGUGGAUAUCCAAGGCAGGAUUGUUUACUUGUUGGGGUGAGAUCUAACCAGUUUUUGUUUUCUAAAUGUGUUAGUUAAGAUGGAUGAUUGUUGAGGCUUUUGGUGUUUUUUUUGUGAUUUUUGUUGUGUUGUGUGUCAGCCAGAGUGAGGGGUUGAUGUCUGUAACUUAAAACUAUUCUUUAUCUGCAGGUUGAAUGUAAGAAGGCACAGCCGAAGGAGGUGAUGUCACCAACUGGUUCUGUGCGGGGUCGGUCUCGAGUAAUGCCAUAUGGGAUGGACGCCUUCAUGCUGGGAAUCGGGAUGCUAGGUGAUUGUCGCUUGUAUGAGGGCAUAGCUAAUUAGAUUUGUGAGCGGUUGGCUAUUUUGAUGUCAGAUCUCCACCUGCUGUUCCAAGGUGGUUAUUGCAUGUUCAGAAACUAGCCCCAGGUCAAGACUUAUUCUUUAUCUUGGUAGUAUAGUAGCAGAACACACAAUAGUCAGUUGAAGUUCGAUUAAUUGGACCAAACAAAAACAGCAUAUGUGGCUUUGCAAUAAAAAAAUAAAAUAAAAAAACAGAAUGUUUGCAUGUAAUGGAAUAAAUUUUUUAAAACUAAAGCCUUACACAGUUUUAACAAUGAAAAUAGUAACCACAAUACGUACUCAAUAUUUAGUUCUAAAUGGUCUGGGAAUUCAGUGUGUCCAAAUCUUUUCUGGAAGUAUUUUUUUUUUUUUUUUCAAUUUGUUACUGAGAAUGUGAAGCUUGUUGCCAUUCUCCAUAUGUGACACCUCAGCAGAAUAAAUGCCUACAUACGGACUAGGGUCUUAGAAAGAAGACACAACACCAUUAGUCACGUAUGAAUCAAAACAGAUUUUUCACUUUCAAACAAUGAAUUGCUGCUUUCUUUAAAAAAAAAAAAAAAUAGUUUCCUACACUACACUAGCUUCAGCCACUAUACAGACUAAUUCCUUAUUUCUCCAAAAUUAUAUUGCAUGGCUUUUAGCAACUCUUUUUCUACUAUCCCGCUUUUAAACUUAUUACUGGAUUCUUCUGAAAGUAUCCUGUGGAUGAGAUCACUAUCAAUGGGGUUGUUUCUGGUGAUGGUACUUUCAAUGUAAUGAAGGCCCCUUGACCUAAUUUUGAUGUUAGAUUUCCCUAUGAAAGAAUAAUAAUAUGUGUGCAUAAAUGUAUAGGUUAUUUGGGGUAAUAUAAUAGGAGAUGGACCUCUGUGCCAUCUGAAAAUACAAUUUUAUUCCAUAAUAACCAUGCAUCAUAACAUUCUGGUCCUUGGAGAUGUUUAUUCUUCAUGGAAUAUCCUUUUCAUUUGGCAUAAGAAAGGCAGGGCAGAGCAUCAAAUUGACUUUUAUGGGGUUAAAAAUAUGUAAGAUUUUUGGUUCUAUUCAAUAGGAAGUGAUGUAUGUCAAGUUAAUUAGAAAGAAACUGUUGUCACUUCAUAUAUGAAACCUAUAGGACUGCACUCACCUGAACAUGCAUACGUUAUCAGGGUGUUGAUGGGGCUAAUUCAUACAACAUGCAAGAUCCAGUACACACUCACUCAUUCACUAAACAGCAAUUUCAGAGCUCACAGACUGUUGUUUUAUAAACACCUGAAGCUAGUGAAAAUAAGGGUUUAGUUACAGUAUAUGAUCAUUCAUUGCAUAAGCCUGCCUCAAUGUCCAUGUAUCCCGUUCUUGGCAGGUCCUACUCUACCAACCUAAUGCCUGCUCUUAUGAGAUUAAUCCACUUCCUUGGGAACUGCUUCCUCCUGGGACUCUCUGCAGAGCAAGGUUAAAUGGGGCCAUGGGAUGAGGAACCUGUGACAGGAAGGGGUGCAAAACUGGGGAGUUGGCCUGGACUCCCAAAUAUAUUUAUAUCUUGUAUGAAGGAUUUCAUGAAUAAUAUAUGUUACUGUGACAGUACGUUAGGUUUCAAAGCAUUCACUUUUUUUGUAUUUCCUGUCUUCAGGAUACCCUGGAUUCCAAGCUGCCACAUAUGCCAGCCGCAGUUACACUGGCAUUGCUCCAGGAUACACUUAUCAAUUCCCAGGUAGGUCUUUGGCGCACCUCUACACAUGGUACUGACUGCAUGCCUUUUUUGCCUCUGAUGGAGGCACAGCAUGAAACAUUUGUGGAUUUUUAGUUGCAAAAGACGUUAGUACUCUAUGUAUGUGUCCAUCUGUGUGUUCAGUGAAGGGAUGGGGUGUUAGCCUAAGUUUACCUUUCUUUGGAUGUUGGCGGCAGUGGGUGGUUCUAAUCAUCUCCUCCCUGCUCACUGCCAGCCAAUCCUGUGGGCUGGGCAUCCAGCCAUUCUUAAGCUGUUUCACAUUUCGUUUUAGAAUUUCGUGUAGAGAGAACCCCUCUCCCGGGCGCCCCCGUCCUCCCAGAACUCACAGGUCAGUCCAGUUGAUUUCCUGCACCUCAAAUGAGGAGAACAAGAUACACUGGGUGGGUGAGGGGGAUCCUCUCCUGCUCUGUGGUAAAUGUGCAGCAUUUAAGGUGGAUUGUCGGAUCUCUUCAGACCUUUGUGGAUUUUUAGGUUUUCCCUUAUUUAUGCACCAAACUAAUGUUUAUGACCUGAUGUUUGGAGGGAAGGGUCAUAACCAAACAUAGCAUCAACAGUUUGUUUAUCGUCUUUUUUAAGUUGGGCAUGUGAAGAGUGGUACAACUGUGGCAUAAUUGUCAACUGCACAGUUUUAGAAUAAUAUAGCUAAAAACAGACUAACUUAGUGUAAUAGGUCACCAGAACCAAAUCAUCUUAUGAUUACUUAUAUUAUCUAUAAUUCCUGGCAUUGUUUGAACCAUCAUUGAGAGAGCAUGAAACAUGACACAGAGGACUGGGGGGGGGGGGAGCUCAUAAUCUUGCUUAAAGGUACACCAUAGUCACCAAAACAACUGUAACUCUUAAAUGGAAGUGAACUGAGCAGUGAGAUUGCAUGGGGCAUGAUCUAUACACAAAAACUGAUUACAUAAGCUAAAGUUAUUUUGGUGACUACAGUGUCCCUUUAAUAUAAAUGUUAGUCUUCCACUUUAAUAUCUUGACAUGGGUGUUGUGGUAGAUCAGGAUAGAAUGAUCAAUUAUGAGAUGUAUUAUCUUGGGUAUUAAGAAAAACAAUGCCCAAGUCCAGGUAACCUGAAUGCUAGACUGAAUUUGCAGAGAACUAUUUAUUUAAAAAUUUUUUUUGCUAAGUGUAAUAUAAGAUGAGUUGCACCCAAGUAACUUGGUUUUAAAACUGAGUUUUACAAUAAUUUUCAUUUAAAAUAGAGGGUACAUUAAAAAUACACUUAAAUGUUAAAUAUAUUUUUUUACAAUGUUGGAUUGUGCAUGCUUAGAUUGUUGGGCCUUCACUUUAAAAAAAAACGGACAUGGAGAAUUUUAAUAAUUGGCGGCAGUGUGUAUUCACAAGGAAGCGGAUCUAGUUGCUAGUGGUUAACAACUAGAGGCAUCGUUAGUGACAAAUGUAAACAUUGCAUUUCUUAUAAACAACAAUACUUACACUUGUUAGAGUGCAGUAACAAGGCCUUUCCUCCAAAACAACACUUAGACCAGAAUAAAAAAAAUAAAAAUAAAUGUGUUUUAUGCAAAUACAUGCUUUAUUUCUUUGAUUCGCAUUUUCCUCAAAAUAAACACAAACUGUAUUUACAAUGUAUUUAAAAUCAAUAUCGAACACCACCAGUCAUGCUUUCUAGUAUCCAUUUUGUUAGUAUACAUAUAAACCUGUGACUCUUCCUGUCCUUUAUAAGAACAAGCCUGUGCCAAUUGAUCAUGUACAGUGAGACUUAUUUCUGUGUAUAUCUAUUGUGUUGGGCAGUUUUUUUAUUUUUGUUUGUGUUGUUAUGCACACAGUAAAGGUCCACUUGGAAAUGUAUCCUGCUUUAUUAAUCUAUCGCUGUUUCCCAUAUUUCUGCCGUGUUCUUAAAAUGUCCUCCUGUUUUUCAGCAAUCCCUCUGACUGCUUAUGGUCCAGUAGCAGCAGCAGCUGCAGCUGUCGUGAGAGGUAAUGCCUCUAAUUUAUGUAUUGCUCGCUUAUCUUAUCUUUUUUUAUUUACAUAUAACAAGAUCUUUCUCAGGGACUGCUUAUUAACACUGUUGCUUAAUUUAUACAGUUUCCAGGAAUGUGUAACUGUUUGAAAACACACUUGUUUUAAUGUUCAAGGAGAGAGUUAUCUUUUUGUCCUGGAUUAUAUUGUAGUAACGUGUGGAAAUCUGAGCUACUAUUAUAACCUCUGUAGUUUUGUUUAAUAGAGCACAUAACAUUUAAUAACAAGUAUCAACUAAUCUGAAUUGUUUUAGAAUCAUAAAAUUGUUAUGCAUUUCGAUGUUGUGUAAAAAUUGUUAGAUUUAAUUUAUUCUAUAAUAUGUAUGUAUACUGUCAUACAAAAUAAUAAACUUGACAUUUCUGAGUGAGGGUUUGCCGUUCAUAGAUUCUAGAUAUGGAAAUAAAAGACUUUCAACUGUUAGCAGGCUACAGUGCCCCUAAAUCAUUACUAACCAUUUGGUUUGUUUGGCUGCCAUGGUUUCAUUGGAGUUGUAGUUUGCUAAUAGAUGUCUGUUUUUUUAAUACCUCUGGUAUAGACUGUUGGGAGAUUACUUACACUCCUAUGGGGAACAGGAUGAGUGUAGGGGGCUCUCUGUAAGAUCUAUUUUCUUUGUAAACAAGGCUCCAAUCCAACCCGCACAGGGGGGUUUCUGGGUACCAGCAGCCCUGGACCAAUGGCUGAGCUGUAUGGAGCGGCAAAUCAGGAAUCAGCAGUCAGCAGCUACAUCAGUGCAGCGAGUCCAGCUCCAAGCACAGGAUUUGGACAUAGUCUUGGGGUGAGUAUGUAUUUCUGAGAAUUGGGUUCUGAACAGGUACUUGGGUAGGGUCGUAAGUGUGAGUUCAUUCACAUGUAGGAGUGGUGUAUGUCGAUAUUGUGUGUGUAUAAGUUGGAUAGGGAUAUAUAAAUAUAGAGAGCGAGUGAGUGAGAGAGUGUGCAUGCAUAUGGUGGGUGGGGGUAUGUAACGAGUGUAUUUAGGCAGUUAUUUGUUUGAAUAUUGUUGAUGAUGAAUGAAACCUUGUUCCAUUGUUUGUUGACAAUCAAAUUUGUUCUGCAGGGUCCUCUGAUUGCCACGGCUUUCACUAACGGAUACCACUGAAACUGCAGAUCACUGAAGAGGUAACUGUGUGAUUAUUUAUUUUCUCUGGGAUGUUCCACGUGAAACAAUUAUUAAUAUGUUUGCAAUACUAUGUUUUGUGCUAUUAAAUAGAUUUGUGCAAAAAUUUGUCUCAUCCAUAAACUAAUCGAUUUGUCCUGAAGGAUAAAAAUAAAAAAAUAUUUCCUGGACAUAUCUAUUCAUUCAGGUUGUGUUAAAAAGGUUUUGAUUUGGAUGAAUCAAUUUGUUUAUGGACAAAGCAAAUAUUUGCAUACGUCUGCUAUUAUAAAUGGGCACUGUAAGGGCCAUAACUGAUUCAUCUCAUUUAAGUGGUUAUAGUGUCUAGAGUCCUGUGGUCGCUGUCCUUCCAUUCAGAAUUAAACCAUUUUUAAUGUUUUAAUGCUAAACGACAAUUCCUAGCAGCCCAUCCCCAGAGAGAAUGUAUUAGUCUGAGCAGCAAAUGGCUACUGUAAUUUGUCAGCUGACUGCUUUCAGCCUAUCACGGUGGCAAUUGUAGGUAUAGAUCGAUAUGGCUAGCAGCAAUAUGUGUGUAAUCUCUACCUUAACCAUACCUCCGGUGUGGGCUUCUUGGGAUCCUCAUUCAGUGUUAAAAUUAUGGAAAAUUAUUUAACACUUAAUGGAGAGACAGUGCCAGGGGACUCAAGACAUUAUAACCAAUUCAAUAAAAUAUAAAACAAGUAGAACGCAAAUUCCAAAUAAUAUUGUCUUUGCCAGGAAAAUUGUACAAUGCGUAUAUAGAGAUAAAACACAAAAAAUACAAUAGUGCAAUACUGUAAACAAUAUUUAUAUUAAAAAAAGAGGAACUAUAAUAUAUAAUAACACUAUACAGGGGCUACUUCCAUGCUAUUUCAAACCAAAUCUCUAUGUUCAGUUAAAUUCUCACAAGUAACCCUGAAUAAUAUAUAGUAAAAUACAAUAUGCAGGGUGACUAUGGAAACCCAACAAACCUAGGGCAAAAUUCCUUCCAUGCUCUGAUUCAGGGGAGUCCCGUUCGAAACGCUCCGCACUGGCAAUCCGAUGAUCAAUGCACCGUUUAGGGUCUGGCGCUCUACCUCAUAUUCACUAAAAAGCACCACAUCCACAAACCUAUUGACACCCAUAGCACACAACCUGGACCUUGCACGUGGCCUAGUUGUUUUCAGGUCACAGGCUGUGUAUGUAUAUAUAUAUAUAUAUAUAUAUAUAUAUAUAUAUAUUCACCAAUGGUGCUCAUCGACCCAAUUUAAGACUCUUUCAGACUUAAUCCCUGACAGGCAACCGACUUACAUGGGACGGUUCUGCUGUCACUAAAUACGCUCCUACUAGAUCUCCGCAGCUGGGCGAACACAGUUCCACAGGCCUCUUACACAAUUCGAGAGACUUUAGACAGCGAGAGAACUUUUAUACAGAGGGAUCUCUACCCUCUACAACAUGCUACUUACAGGGUGUGACAAACAACCACUAGGGUUCACCAUAAGGUGGGAUGGAGUGACUGUGUCAAAAUCUUCAUACUGACACACAAAUGUUCCAUCAGCUUAAAAUUCCAAUAAUUAAGCUUCAAACUUUUUAACACUCAAGAACAGGAUGCCAGACGUCCUACACUGCAUGAAUGCGGUGGUACCUGCAGUAUGCAGGCGCUGCGGGGGGAACAAGGGCACGGAUCUCCAUAUCUGCUGGUCUUGCCCCAUUCUGGGCUACAGUGAACUCUAAAAUCCGUGAGAUAACAAGCUCAGACCUCUCACUUCAGCCUCUUCCCAUGCUCCUACACCACAUGGACAGCCCUAUAGUAUCAUGUAAAUAAUCCCUAAUGUGCACCUGAUUACAACAGCAAAAUCUGUAAUCCAGACGCCAUGGAAACCAGACGGGUGCGCCUAUCUUCCAGCAAUGAGUCGCUAGGGUUGAAGAGAUACACAAUAUGGAGACCCUGAAUGCAGGCCUAAGAGGUGAUCUGACAAAUGCGCCUUGAUUUUGGUUCCCCUGGCUGGACUACAUUACCAAAUCCAGUCUCUGAACUGUCGUUCCUCCUGACGCCCGGGUUUCCUCACCCACACUUUCCAGGGGACAGUUUGAAAAACACUCCUCAUAAACUCACAUAGACCACUGACAUCUACAAAGGGCUGGACCACCAGAUUACCGACAGCACUUUAAGCAACAACUGCUACAAUGACUACCCACUUGAACUCAGAUGGCUGAAAUUCCAUUUCCUAUACCCUCUACUUUUUUUUUUCUUUUUACUCUCUUCUCUCUCUCUCUCUUUCCUUUACCCUCCAACCUCUUUUCCAUACCUCAGAGCAUUUCCCAGCUUCCCAACCCAGACGGGUCUCUCUGAAACUCGAUAAGCCAGACUCAUAAAAAAACGGACAACUGUCAUAUGAUAUAUCACAUACUCACACUACUGCUCUACCUAUUACGAGCUCUCACAGCCCCAUGUCUGGACUUUUGGCUGACAAGUUAAGGCACAGAUCAGAUACAAGAUCCCGUGUUGUAAACUGUUUAAUGUUCCUAUAACGAAUCUACCGCUAUCAGUAAUUAUCGUUAAAUAAUGCACUCUGUCAACGUAACAAUGCUUGUUAUAUCCUUUCACUCCUGUAUUAAGAUUGUAAAAAAAGAUAUCAGUUCCCCUGCAGAUUUGUAUAUCGGCACAGACUCCAGAGACAGUUUUCACAAUACCACCCAGCUUUAGAGAGAGAUAAUUGCCUAUUACGAAUCUUGUGGGUCAAUGUUCCUACCCACCAUAUGGCAUCGCAUUUCACUGUAAGCUUCGUCAGGACAUAGUGUUGUGUAUGCUUCCAUCUUUGUCCAGGUUAUUUAAAGGUGUCCAAUGCCGUCCCUAACCAAUAGUUUGCCUUGUAAGUAUUUCAUUUCCAUUCCUGCCUAUUUUGGUCAGUUCACUACCAGGUUCUUUGAACAGUCCCAUUUUGAAAAAACGAGAACUAACACUUCCAUUUACUAACUUACUAAUGCACCAGCAAAGCAAUAUAAACCUUAAAAAUUGAGAAAAUUAAAAAUAAACACUUCGGGGGGAUGGGUGGGACGGAGCUAGCUCUCAACCAAAACUGGCACAGCUCUGUGGAGCUCUGUCACUCGAUUCUGAGCUUUCUAAGGGGCUCAAUCAACAGGCAGAAUGCCUGUCCAAAAAAAAUACAUGUCCGGAUCAGCCCCUGUUCUCCACCAACAUCAGAGAUCUGCUGCGGAGUCCUCAAAGCAGCAUUGAGCCUGAAAUGGUGGCGGACUACCCUCUGCAUAACCUGGAGGACCUGACAUACAAGGGCCCUCCCAAGCUCCCUCAGCCAACAGUGGGAAUAUCUCCGUUGGUCACUACUACAAUACCUUCCAGUCUCAAACCUUAUCUGCAAAAAUAACGCAAGUCGGGGAGGAUGUCAAGUGGUUAAAUGUGUGCAUGGAUGCAGCAGAGCAGACCGCAACUUCACACACUGCUCAAAUCCUAGAGCUACAGAAACAGGUUAGUGAGCUCACCUCAGCUCUCCUGGGCCACCAAUUGACAGCAAUGGAAGAUAAGAGGCGGUGGAAACACCUAAAAAUCUGAGGGCUGUCGGACUGUAUCACUGCGACAGGGUUGCCACAUAUUAUUAUAUGACCAUACUGCCUCCAAAGCAGACUAAAGACAUAGUGCUCGAUGGAAUGUUUUACCUUCCUAAACCACAACAGACACAGGCUUCAGCCACCAGUGAUCUAUUGAUCAAAUUCCAGAAUGGUCAAGACAAAGUAGCAUUUAUGGGUGCAACCAGGAGAAAGACCCCGUACUAUGUUGAAGAAAUUGACCUUACCCUUUUCUCCGACCUCUCAUGCGCAACUUUACAGUGGAGGAACUCCGUUCAUCCCCUGACUACUACACUGUCUACUAAGAGCAUAAAGUACCGGUGGGGAUCCCCCCGCUUGCUUCUAAUUCAACACCAAAAUGCAGAGCACCAAGUGUCCAAUGUUUAGGAGAUGGACAGCAUCCUAACUACACUAAGCCUGGGCUGCAUCUCUCUAUAAGCGAUCACAGAUUUGGAUCCUGCUAAUGUAGUCCCAUUUGUUCUGGCAGCCUGGGAUGGAACCUAUGUGGUGGUUACCUGACAUUCAUGGGUCAUUCAAAUAAAUAAUCCAUCAAAAUUUCCAGAUCAUACAUGGCAGCAUUUACUCAUGGGUUAGCUCCUCCCCUCACAUCAGGAAGGACAGGAAAUAGAACUCUGAAAUUGGUAUAAGUAGAUCCAUCCCCUCUCCAAUAGACAGUCUUUUUUUCCUGUCCUUCACAGCCGUUUUGAAGGAGUCUUCUUAAGCAGAUUUUUCUUUCUUUUUUUUUUUUUUGACAAUCUUUAUUUUUCCAUUUAUUUAAUACAGCACGUUUAGUUCAACACACACAUUCAAACAUGUUUAGCAACCUUUACAUAGGCAAGGAAGGAAGGACACCACACUCCAGAGAAGCCGCCAAUACAGCUGGAUAUUUGAUGGUGUCUUAGCAAAAGAAUAAAGCUAGAACAGUGCAGAUACAUCUGAGCGACAACCGGGGCCGCAAUCCCGGGACCACCGGGGGACACCUGGGACUCUUGCGCCAAGUGGGGCAUGGGGAAUGCGGCUUUCCAUGCUACCUCGUGAACGGGCAUUCUAAACUGCAUGUAGCCUCUGCCACCAUAUUCUAGGUGGCCCCCUAAUGGGUUAGCCCAUGGCCCAAUGUCAUACCGGUAGCCCCUGACCCCCUACGCUGGAGCAGUGGUUCGUGUGCGAGGUCAUCCAGCUGUAGGGUGCCCUCCGAGGCCUCCGUGCCCUCUCUCCUCCCCUAACGUAAGUAGCCGGAGCCCCCUAGGGGUCAAAUCAGGUGCCACCGUAUUUAUUGAGUCUGAGGCCCGGGGCGAACCAAGUGCGUGAGACUGAAAGCGCCAGAGGACCUCCCCCCGUACAACCCAGAGGCCUUGUUAACCUCCAGCCCUCCAUUCCAACCCCCUCCGACCUGUACAGCACCAACCCGCUCCUAAGAUGUUCAAGAGCCCCACCAACCCGCUAUCCCCCUGUGCCGCCGUGGACUAGCUCCAGUCAUUGCUCUGUACUCCCAGCCCCAUUCCCCAAACACUCUGAAUGCUAGGUUAGGGGGUGAGUGAACCUGUGAGCCUCCUCUCGGGUAAGUGCCUCCGUGUGUCGUCUGUCUGGGAAGUAUGGAGGGGAAUGGGAAGGGAAGUUGUAGUCAUAUGGAUAGGAAAGUGCGCCACCCUCCAAACAGAAAGGCACUACGGGUCUCAGUCAGUUCGUUGUGGGUGGGCAAAGCCGUGCCGGUGCGGGAGCACCACCUUCCCCGGACCGGGCUCCCCCCGCGGCCCCCCUGGCCGUAUACUCCGUCCAAGGAAACCAUGUGAGCGCACAUUUAUCCGAGCGUCCCUGCAGAGACGCAGUCAUCAGUUCCAUGUUGUAAAUCAUUUCCACCCUAUCAAUCCAUUGGCGGAGUGAAAGGGGCUACCUGACUUCUCCAUAACGUGGGGAUGAGAGAUUUUGCUGCCGUAAGAAGGUGUAUCACCAGGCCCCUCUUGUAGGCGGUAAUAGGCAUGCUCGUGUGGUUCAGUAGCAUCGGCAGCGGCUAGAAAGGGAUGUCUGUCCCAGUAACGUCUUUAAUCCCUUUGUGUAUCGCUCUUCAGAAAGGUUCAAUGCGAGGGCACGACCACCAGAUAUGGAUCCCAGAACCAUCCGCAUCUCCACACCUCCAGCACUCCCCUGAGAUGGACUCAUGGACAUGAUGAAGGAUGUCCGGAAUUCUAUACCAACGCGCCAGUAUCUUGUAGUUGCACUCCUGGAAUUUGGAACAGAUGGUCCCCCGUGCGUCAAUUGGAAGAUCUUUUGCCAUUCAGAGGUAGAUAGCUCGACCCCUGCAUCCCUCUCCCACCGUACCGUGAACCCCAAAGGGGACUGGUCCCCACCACUCUGCAGCAUGGAGUAGAGUUGCGCUAUGCCAUGGAUGAGAUGCUGUCUGGCGACACAGAUUUGUUCGAAGUGGGACAGUGGGCGGUGGAGGUGCGCCUUCCCAGUUAGCGAGGUUACAUAGGCUGUGAGCUGAUAGUACCGGAAGUUGUCCAGACCGCUGGAUCUGCGGUCUUGGAGUAGCGUGGCCAGCGGUUUAAGGUUCGGACCAUUACACCAUUGAUGCAGGUAGGUCCAAUCCGUGGCCCCAAAGUUCCUCAGAUCACCUGGGGAGAGUCCACCUGCAAGUCUUGGGUUAUGCGUCACGGGCAUAAGUGGAUUUGGCGAUGACGUGAGUUGUUGAGAGAACCGGACGCCACACCAGACCUUCAGAGUUGCAUCCACCAACGGGUUGCCCGUUCGCAGUUCCUGAAACGUGGCAUCUCCCAGCCACAGCUGAGACGGUAUUUUACCUCCCCCCGCCUGGCAUUUAUGCGUCCAAACCAAGAUAUAUAUAUUGGGGAGCCCAGCGCUUCAUAUCUUGUUGGAGGGUUGUGAGUAAGGGGACAAAAUUCAUGGAAUAGGCUUGAGCUAGGUCACACGUUAUCCAGAUGCCCAGGUACCGCAGUUUGUUCAAGCAAAUCCGGAAGGGGAAGUGCGCCUGGAUUUGUCUACGAAGUGCAGGGUCUCGUGUGAGGGGCAUCAGUUCCGUGUAGUAUCCCCAUUCCCCGUGCGUAUUUUAUGGACAUGUUGCAUCCUGCGCUUUUCACGGAGCAUCCGAGCUAACAGUCUCCCGCACUUAUUGGAGUGUUCGUAGAAGUACCUAGAGGCCUUCCUAGCGGUGAGCAGCAGCCCCUGCGACAGAAUCUUUUGCAAGUCCCUACGUGCCUCCACCAGUUGGAGAUAAGUGCCCUCAUCUAGGGAUUGCUUAUGAGUUCCUUCUAAAUCUGCAAUACGCGUGGUCAGGCUGGAAAUGCGAGCUCGUCUGUCCUUUUUGCGUCUGGUGCUCUCGGAGAUGAAGAAGCCCUGGAUGACGCAUUUGUGCGCCUCCUAAAGCCCUAGCGGAGUCGUAUCAGCGGUAUCGUUGGUGGUGAAGUAAUCUGACAAGGUACGGGUCGCGGACUGCGUGAGUACCAAAUCAUCCAGCAUAGUUUCAUUGAGCUUCCAUUGUCGUUCACUGGGCUUAUAAAGCGGGGAACUGGUAUGAACCAGGACCGGUGCAUGAUCCGAGUGGCUUAUGAUGCUUAUUUCCGCUCCCUGCAGGAGGUUUAAAAAUUCUUGUGCCAGGAAGAUAUAGUCGAUACGGCUGUAUUGUGCGUGCACUGCAGAGUAAUGGGUAUAGUCUCUCCCCUCCGGAUUGCAGGCCCUCCAACAAUCUACCAAACCAGCUUUGUGCAGGGCACGCUGGGACAGCCGGAUACUAGCAGCCGAGACCGCAGUCAUGCCCCUGGAAGUGUCCAGCCGGGGGUCCAGCGGGACAUUGAGGUCGCCGCCAAGGACCAGAAGGCCCUCUCGGAAUCUCUCUAGUUUGGCCAGUGUUCGGGAGAGGAAGGUGUGCUGACCCCUAUUUGGGCAGUAUAUGCAAGCGAAGGUAUACGCAUGAUCCGCUAUGGUGCCCUUUAAGAAUAGGUAUCUCCCCAUCGGAUCCAGUUGGGACGCCAAAUGGAGGAAAGGCGUCGUCUGGGCAAAGAGUAUAGCCACCCCCACCUUUUUGGCGGUUUGGUGAUUAGCGUAAAAUCCCAACGGGAAUCGCCGAUUCUCCAGUUUAGGCGCAUCCCCCCCUUUGAAGUGCAUCUCUUGCAGGAACGCCACGGAUGCUUUUGCGGCCCAGAGCUGCCGUAGCAACUGUGAUCGUUUUUCAGGCAUGUUAAGCCCAUGAACGUUGUUAGACCAAUAAGUCAGCCGCGCCGGAACGAAGCCCCGACCGGGUGCCAUCGUUGCAACGGCGGAGCGCCCCCGCCCCGGCCCUGGCUCUAUUUACAGUGCGGGUCUGUCACAGUAGGGAACAAAAAGGCCCGUCACUGUCUUGGCGUUUCUGUGGAAUGUAGUGGUCGUAACUGCCUCAGUGUCCGUCUGCCUGUCACCCUGUGUGUCUUACGUGCAAGUAUCCAGAAGCUAAAACACAAAUAACUGGGGGAAACCAUGUGAACUGCCCCACCUAACAGCCCUCUGGCGGCUUAUGGAGCCCCCACCCGACCCCAGCCCGCCCCACCGUGGUGCAACCAACCUUCUCGGGUCCCCGCCCCUCCCCCCUUUUGACAGUAAUAGAUUAAGCUAAAAGGACUCCCCCCUCUAGCCCCCUGCCCCUCUCCGAAAGUCUCCUCACUACCCCGGGUCCCCAGGGAGCGCCCACAUACCCAACCAGUGCCUAGGUGACCGCACAAGGGUAGGAUGCCCAUUUCAUGCCUGGAGCCUUCCUGCGGGCGAGGUGGGGCCCCCCUUCGUGUGUGACUAAAACUCCCGAGCUAGCAUCAGCCCGCGUCCCGCUGCCUUAUCCAGGGUCUGCCAAGGUACGGAUCUCUCUCUCCCCCCUCCCGCGAGGACUACGGGAAACAUCCCCCUCCCUCAUUCCCCCUCCUCCCCGUCUAAACCCCAGCAGCCACCCCCACCUCGCAGCAGCCUGCCCCGCACCCGCUCCAAUACCCCCCCCCCCCAUCGCAAAAUACCCCUACCUCUGCAGCCACCUUGGAUGACCCAAGCGUGUAAGGAACAGAGAUGAGAACCGCCGGGAGAUGGCACCACUACCUCCCCAGACCCCCAAACCGGCAGCAUAGCUAUGCACUGCACACCCGAGCACCCACCUGAGUCCCCCCCACUGCAGGCAGGCAUAAAGAGAGGAGAGAGGGAAAAAAGGGGGGAGAGUACAAAUUUGUCCCUCAGAGCCAUCGUCUUCAGCCAGUCCCCACCAGCCCCACAGCCCAGUCCAGCACAUACCCCCCUACCCUCCCCACCUGCGGUGGAACCCACCCGGAAUCUUCCCGCUACUACCUCCAAACCCCUGGAACCCUUUCCACCCCACCUAACUACAAGCCCUCCUCCAGGCAGCUAACUUCUUUAUAGCACUGUCCACCACAGUACAUACCCUGGGUAGGGAGGCCCCAACUUCGCAACCGGGCAGCCAUAAGUCCCGCCACUUAGAGGCUGAGGUCCGAUGGGAGUCCUGUCUGAUCCGGCAGCCCCCGGGGGACCGCCACCAGGGCGUAACAGGUAGCCGCUACUCUUCUGGGCCAUUCGGCCCCCCUCUGCGUCUUGGUAGCUCAGGAUCCGGAUGAAGGUUAUGUGCAGCCUCCUCGGGGCCCACAGCACGAGCCGGGGGCCCCCCCAGGAUCUAAUUAGGGAUAGCGAUAUGAGGAAGGCCAGCAUUCCGGAGGAACCGGGGGACAUCAUUGGGCCACUGGAGCACAUGCCACAUGUUGCCCACCCGGGCCUGCAGGCUAAAGGGGAAUCCCCACUUGUAUGGGAUUCUUCUUUCUUGGAGCAGGCGGGUAAGCGGCCGCAAGGCCCGCCGGGCAUCCAGAGUGGUCUGCGACAAAUCGUGGUACAAGGCCACAGGGGCAUCCAUAUAGCGGAGAUCAGGGCGGGAACGCGUGGCCUUCAUCAGCUCUUCCUUGAGCGGGAAGGACGUCAGGGCGCAAAUCAAGUCCCUCGGCAACCCAUCACGCCGGGGUGCCCGCAGAGCCCUAUGCGCCCGCUCAAUACCAAAGUCAUCCAGCGCUGCCUCCCCCAUCAGGUGCGAGAACAGGCCGGUAAGUAGCUCGUGGGGCAGCUCCCCUUCGGCCUCCAGCAGCCCCUAUUGUCGAGGUCUUCGACCUGCCGGCGGAGGUCUAGGAGCAGGUUCCCCUGCCUGGUGGUCGCCAGGUCCGCGGCCUGCUGCCGGUGGGUGAUCUGAAGGUGCUCGGCAUCCAGGGCAUCCACGCGGUGCUCCAGGGCGGUGAGAUCCGCACGCACAGCGGCAAUCUCCUCCCUGAUCACCGCCCGCAGCUCGGCCACCAUUUCAGACUUGUCUCGCCUGGUGAGCAUGCUGGAAGAGAUGGCAGCGAUAUCCAGCGAGAUUUGGGAUAGGGCAGCCGGCUCAUUAGUGCCACGGGAUGAGCCAGCCAAGCUUGAGCCGGGUGAGGCGGGAAUCGGCAUAUCAAUGGCGUCCGACAGGCCCUGCGGCCCUGCAAGGUAUUCAUCCAUCGGGCCGGUCUGGGACCGCAGCAGAGCCCCACCGGGCUGUCCAGCACUGAGAGCCCGCUUAGUUUUCCCCAUCUUAGUAGGAUUUGUACAAGUCUGGAAGCUAUAUAUUACGGGCUAUACAGGGUGAGGCCUAGGAGCACAGGCACCGUGCGUCUCACUCCAUCCUUGGUCAGGCCACGCCCCCCCAGAUUUUUCUUUUAUGCUCACCAGGCCAAUAUUUGUAUUGCCCUGCCAGGGAUCAGCCUCUAAGCCCUGAAGACCCAGCAACAGCACAUCUCUAUGAGUCGCCAACCUGGGUACCCUCCUUAGUGACUGGGGGUCUGACCCAACUCUCUCCCUCAACUGCAUACAUGAGACCAAAAUAUAUUGUCCAUCAAAAUAAAUUUAAACCAACUGUCUCACUAAAUAUAAAAGGGAGAAGAAAAUCACACUUAAAUUAAUAAUUUUACAGGCGUGAAAUCACACUUCAAUUAGUAAUUAUCAGAUGCAUAAAUUGAUCAUUAUAAAAUAUAUCCUCGUAAAAAUUACAGGGGGGGGGGAGUCUUACUCCCAUGCAGGGCAGAUGUGUUUCACAUGAGCUCCUGCACAUUAAGCCAAUUUUGGGAUGCUAUAGCCUACGUGGGCCCAAGCAGGGAAGAGGCAGUCACUCUCAGACACUCGGCAUCACUGCACUCCACCCCCCUCCCCACUUGAAACGGUGGGGGUAAAUCCUGGUCCCCACUGGACACGCAGAUGUUGCCCACCCCAACUUCACCCAAGAAAUAACCAAGGUGACCACUUUUGGCAUUAAACCCUAGACACUCAAGAUGUUAACUGACCCUUUUCCAGACAUGAUGGUCCUACUUCCACACCAAUAGCCUCACUGUCACAUGGCUGAAUCAGAUUUGCAGCCCCAUAUUUGAACGGUUCUGGCUGGGAAUCCUUAUGCAAGCAUGUACCCAUCCUACAGCUCGCCCACCUGAGCCAAGAGCCCCUUGAGGCAGCACCUCCAAGUAUCACCCACAGAAGCGAAGGCAUACCCGCAGGAAACAGUGCUCACCACCUGGACCCUCAGCUUAGCCUGGGCAGUGUAGGGACUUGACCCCUCGCAGUUCCGGAGUCCAUGGAAUAAAGAUGAAGGCCCUCACACGCCUGGCAGCACCCUGGAUGUCCCCAACUUGGACUUACCUGUGUCCCAUUCACUCUUACCUCUGACGGGGAUCGUCUGAUCUUCCUUCUGGGCUUCCACCUAAAGAUCCAGUAUGACUACGGCAAUGGUGGAGUCAGAUGACAUGCAGAAGGGGCAAACACGUUUUGGGACAAGAUGGCGAAAGGUAGAAGAGAGAUCUUCCUACUCCUCGGAGAGUGGGCAUCGCAAGACCUGCUGCCAGGACCCAAACCCAAACAACCAAGUACUGAAAAGCCUGUCACAGUAGUCCAGAUAAGAGGCAUGCUGGUAGUGCUAUGAACUAACAUUGCAGCCAACAUAGCUUUCUUCAAGGGCGCCACCUCUCACAUCGCCCAUCUGGAGGCAACGGCCAGCACACAAAACACCAGGUGAACUAAUGUGGAGCAUAAAAUAGAGGAACUCCACAGACAACAACUUGCCACCAACGACAGAGUUGAUGCUCUAGAAGACCAGCAGAGGCGUUAUACCCGUACCACAUCUUGUCUGACAACUGCUUCACGCCCUGUUGCCACCUAAACAAGCCAAAGCUAUAAAACUUGAUAGCAUAUUCCAACUGCUGAAACCAUCGAUGGCACUGCCAGCUGCACACGCUGAUCUAAUCGUCAGAUUCCAAUGCUUGCAAGACAGGGCCCUCCUUAUGGCCGCAGCUUGAGGGAAGAGCCCCUUACUGUUUGAUGGAUCAACACUGUCCCUAUUUUCAGACCUCACUAGGAGCACCAUCGCGUGUUGAAGAACACUACAGCCUUUCCUAAAACUACUUUUCUCAGGGAAUAUACAAUAUAGAUGGGGACUACCCAAACUGCUCCUGUUCUCAUGCCUCGGCACUCUGAACAGAGCGCUUAGGUAGUUGGGCAUUUCCAAGCCCCCGAAUGAUGACGGAUCAGACCUGUCAUGAGUUGACCCCUCCAAUGUGGUAAGAGUUUAUUGCCCCAGCGGCCAGCGCCUACAUGUGCAGCAACCUGAAAGAUUGCUAUUGGGAAGGUCGACUCUCCAGUCUUGUAAGGACUGCCAAGAUCUAAAACACUCCAAGAUUAUUAUUAUUUUAUUAUUUAUAAAGCGCCAUCAGAUUCCGUAGCGCUGUACAAUGGGUGGACUAACAGACAUGUAAUUGGGCCCUGCUCAAUGAGCUUACAUUCUAGAGGGAGUGAGGUAUAGUGACACAAAGGAUAAAAGUAGGGGUAUGAAGUAGGUUGUUAGAAAAGUUUUCCUUGAGUGCUUAGUAGGUGAUUUGUGACAGUUGCAGGAGAGGAUUUUUUUUUUUUUUGAAUGAGUGGAGACUGGGUGAAAGUCUUACGGAGAAGGGAAGGGAGUUCCACAAAAGAGGUGCAGCCCUGGAGAAAUCUUGGAGGCGAGUAUUAGCGGUGGGAGUACGGACAGAGGAUAUACGUAGGUCUUUGGCAGAACGUAGGAGCCACAACUGGACAUACUUGUGUAUUAGGGAGGAUAGGUAGGUUAGAGCAGCAUUAUGUAGGGACUUGUAAGAAAGCACCAGAAUUUUAAAUUGACCCCUAUAUCUAACUAGAAGCCAAUGCAGGGACUGACAGAGUAGGGAGGCGUGGGAGGUGCGAGCGGAAAGGAAAAUGAGCCUCACUGCCACUUUCAUUAUAGAUUGCAGAGGUGCAGUCUGGGAAGACGUAAGACCACUGAGAAGGGUAUUGCAGUAGUCAAGGUGAGAGAGAACAAGAGCAUGGACCAGCACCUUACCCACAUCCGUGGUUAAAUAUGGCGAAUACGCGCUAUGUUUUUAAGAUGGAAGCGAUAAGAUUUGGCAGUUGAUUGGACAUGAGGGGUGAAGGAGAGGUUGCAGUCAAAAAGAACACCCAGGCAACGAGUCUACAAGGUAGAGGUGAUGGUAGCGCCGUUUACUUGGAGGGAGACAAACAUGGAAGUAGUAACACUUGAGGGAGGAAAGACCAGACAUUCUGUUUUGGACAGGUUGAGUUUAAGGAAUUGAGCAGCCAUCCAAUUAGAGAUCGAAGAGAGGCAGUCAGAGACACGAGUCAAGACGGGCGGAGAGAGAUCAGGAGAGGACAGGUGGAUUUGCGUGUCAUCUGCAUAGAAAUUAUAACAGGAGCUGAUGAGUUUACCAAGGGAGGCAGUAGGGGACCAAGGACAGAACCUUGGGGGACGCCAACAGAGAGUGGUUGGGGGGAAAGAGGCAGAGUCCAAGAAUGAAACACUGAAAGAGCGCUGGGAGAGGUAGGAAGAGCACCAGCAGAAAGCAGUGUCCCGUAGACCAAAAUUACGGAGAAUGCGAAGAAGCUGUUGAUGAUCAACAGUGUCAAAGGCAGCAGAAAGAUCAAGGAGAAUUAGGAUAGAGUAAUGGCCGCGAGAUUUAACAGCAAUUAAAUCGUUGGUUACUUUGGUCACAUCCGUUUCGACAGAAUGACCAGUGUGGAAUCAAGACUGAAGGGGGUCAAGCAGAGAGUUGGAUUUGAGAAAGUCAGUCAUUUGGUGUACACAACUCUCUCAAGGAUCUUGGAGGCAAAUGGCAGUAGCGAGAUAGGGCGGUAGUUGUAUGGGGAGUUGGGGUCAAGGCUUGGCUUUUUCAAAAUUGGAGUUACAGUUGCAUUUUUGAAGGGUGAGGGAAAUGUGCCAGAGGAAAGGGAGAGAUUGAAAAUUUUAGUUAGGUGAAGAGCAAGAGAGGGAGACGGUGUGGAUGAGAUAUGAGGGAAUAGGAUCGAGGGAACAGAUCGUGGGGUGGGAGGAGCGGAGCAGAACAGAAACAUCUUUUGCUCUUCUGCUGUAGCAGGUGCGAUUGAGUGUAGAAUGGUGGAGGGAAUGGGGUUGGGUGAUGUAUUGGUAGGGAAAGGAGAGAAAUUAACAAUCUCUUCUCUGAUUGUAGAGAUCUUCUCAGUGAAGUGAGAUGCAAAGUUUGUGUCGGACAAGGUGUUAGAAGGAGGGGGUAAAAGGGCGAAGAAGAGCAUCAAAAGUGUGAAAUAGGUGUUUGGGUUGAUGGGACAGUGUACUUUAGAGGGUGUUAAAGUAAUUUACUUUUGCAGCGGAAAGAGCCAGGCUCUAGGAGCGCAGCAUAAAUUUAGAAUGGAGGAAGUCAGAUGCAAAGUGAGACUUUCUCCAGCAGCGUUCAACAGUUCUCGAACAUUUUUGGAGGUAACGGGUCAGCUUGGUGUGCCAGGGUUGUAAUUGGGGGCACUUGCUGCAUUUAAUUGUAGGAGGUGCCAUGAUGUCGAGUUGAGUUGUAGAGUGAGGUUGGAGUUAGGGCAAGUUAGAUUUGGAGAUGGAUAAAAGGAGAGUUUGGAGUUUGGUGGAGAAAUGCUGGAGAUCAAAGCAGUUGAGGUUUCUGUGAGAUUGGAGAGUUGAGGGUGGUGAAAUUUUGGGUACGGGGUAUGCUGUCAUGUCAAAUGUUAGCAGAUGGUUGUCAGACAAGGGAAAUGGAACAGUGGAGAGAUUAGAGGUGGUACAGAGAUUGGUGAAAAUGAGGUCAAGAGUCUUUCCUGCUAUAUGAGUUGCUGAAGUUGACAACUGCGUGAGGCCAAAGAGGAGGUUAUAGAGAGGAGACAGGAGGCUUCAGGGCAGUUGAGGUUGUUGAUUGGGAUGUUAAAAUCCCCAAGUAUGAGGGAGUGCUAGAGGAGAGAAAGUAGGGUAGCCAGGAAGAAAAGUGUUCAACGAAUAGCCUAGGAUGACCGGCCACGCCUCAAAGGUCCCGCCACUCUCCCACCCCCCUUUUGGACUGACGGGGGUCAUCCCGGUCCCCACUGGAGGGAUCCGACACCUACAGCACUAGCCCUAAAGAGUUUAACCUGACUUAGCUGCUUCCACAGUGGUGUGGUUUGCUGGCCACAGCUCACAUGCCUGGACUGGACUGUGACAUCAGCAAGCAGAAGUAGGCAGCUGGCUGCCCGAGCCUCCACAACUCGUGGUCGGGUAUGUGUCCCACGGCUGCCUUCCUGGGCCUUACGCCCUGCGUGGACAUUACUCCCAUCAGGGGCGUACCUAGAGCAUUUGGCACCCGUGCUUAAUUUUAAAUGUUUCCUUUUCUUUUUUUUUUUUUACAAUUUGUAAACUUUGCAAAGCCGCUGUCAGCCCCUCCUACAAAACCCUUGUCCUGCCCCGCCCCCUCCUACAAAACCCCUGUCCUGCCCCCUUCUACAAAUCUUGUACUGCCCCGUCUACAAAUCCCCCCUUAUAAAGUCUCCUGUCCCAAUACAAAACCCCUGCCCCCUUCUACAAAAUCCCUGCAGCCCCACACACACAUUAACAGGCAGACAAUCACGCACACAGUCACAGACAGUCAUGCACACAGUUACAGGCAGACAGUCACAUAUACAUUGACACACACACACGGCAGUAGCAGACAGUCACAUGCACACAGUCACAGACAGAUAGUCACACACAUGGUUACAGGCAACAUCAAACAGUCACAGGUAGACAGUCACACAUACAUAGUAACAUGCAGUCACACACACAGUUAUAGGCAGACAGUUACACACACACAAAGUUACAGGUAGUCACGCACACAGUUACAAACAGACAGUCACAUAUACAGUCACUCACACACACAGUCACAGGCAGAGAGUUACACACACACUUACAGGCAGUCACACACACACACACACACACAGUUACAGGCACACAGUCACAUUUACAGUCACAGACAGUCACAAACACAGUUAUAGGCAGACAGUCAUAUAUACAUUGACACACACACGGCAGCAGCAGAGAGUCACACACACUGUUACAGGCAACAUCAAACAGUCACAGGCAGACAGUCACACAUACAUAGUCACAUACAGUCACACACACAGUUAUAGGCAGACAGUUACACACACAGUCAGUUACAGGUAGUCACACACAGUCCUAGCCAGACAGUCACGCACACAGUUACAGACAGACAGUCACAUAUGCAGUCACUCACACACACAGUCACAGGCAGAGAGUUACACACACAUACACUUACAGGCAGACACACACACACACACACACAGUUACAGGAAGACAGUCACACACACAGUUACAGGCAGACAGUCACACACACACACACACACACAAAGUUGCAGAAAGUUACACACACAGUUACAGGCAGUCUCUCACACACACACAGUUACAGGCAGACAGUUUUACACACACACACACACACACACACAAAGUUACAGGCAGACAGUUACACACACAGUUACAGACAAACAGUUUUACACACACACACACACACAGUCACACACUCUUACUUACAGACAGUGGGCUGGAGGAGGACUGGAUUCCCUGAAGUCCUUCCCUGAAGCCUGUGGAGAAGCAGAGAUUCCAUCUUGCUGCACCUCCAUGUGCAGCAGUAACAGCAGCGGGUAAUGGCCGUAUUAAGCCCCGCCCCAGCUGCCUAUUUGGCUCUGCCCCGAUUUUGCUUAGCCCCGUCCCCACUUUACCUCCUUGCGGCCAGUUCAGCUGCUCUUUGCGUGUGUGAGCUGUUCUGGCCGCCCGGCACCCUAAAUACCAUUGGUAACUGUGCGGCCAUAGAGCUCACACAGCCCCCUCCAGCUCCCAGACCAGGGUCAUGGUACCCCCCACCCUGGUGGCACCCGGGGCGGACCGCCCCCCCUUAGUACACCACUGACUCCCAUCACAGCCCUGUAUCCAAAUGGACCAUCUCGUCUGGGACCUCCAAUGCUGGCCCAUCAGGAAACCAGUACAGAGGGCACAGAACGCUUGCCCAUGUAAUGCCUAGGGCUGGUGGAGUGGAUCCCUCCUGCGCACCAACCUGCCAAGACUUUACCAGCACUACACACAGCUGGGCAGGCAACAGGUGUAGAUCAAAGCUACGAUAGCGGGUGAGCCGGUCGCCAUACCUUCAGCAGCUAUAACGUGACACUGCCUGUGGGCUUGCGGCGGUCUGCCUCUUGAAGACCCAGUGGACUCUUCCUGUUUGUUGCUUUUGUUUAUACAUUUACCGGUACUUAGAUUUAUUUUGCUUUUAAAUUAUAUAAGUGGACAUAGGUUAGCAUACCCUUACACAAGUAAACUGCUCUGCUUAUUUUUGUGACAAGUUUGCAGGAAACUGAAUUAAAGACCUGGGUAUAGAUGCUUUAUAUGUAGCCUUUACAUAGCUGAUUCUGUGCUCUGCACUGAGGUCUUUCUAAGCCUACUCUAGGGAGCUGGGGGACGCUAUUAGUCACUGGUACUCAGCACCUCACCUGUGUAUUCACAAGUAUCUUUGCAUAUCAACUAGAUCUCUACUAAACAGCUCUCCCCUAUUCUCAAACUCCAAGAAUAUAAUUGUGCCUCAGUUAAGCUAUUAUUUUAUUUUGAUUUUCUUAUCUUAUUUAAAAUAAAAAAAGAAGUACAACCUAGGGGCCUAAUCUAUCAAGUAGAGCGCUGUUAUCCUUCCGUACUUAACUCUUUAUGCCAUAUUGGGGCUAACUUUAUUCACAUAGCAUGUUAACUUUUCAUCUAACACUAUCUACCCUAUUGAGUUUAAUCUUAGGCACACAGCCUGUUUAUUCAAUGCCAUAACGUGUUAUCCAGUUUGCACUGUGUUCCUCUACUUCAUUUGUCUUUUAAAAAAUAAAUAAAUGUGCAGACAUGAGUAUACAUUUAUUCUAACUAGACAUGUUACCUCAUUGCAAUCUACAUAAUGUAUAUUGGCUUAUUUCUGUUACUACCCAGCACAACAAAAAUAAAGAAUUAUAAAAAAAUAAAUAAAUAAGAGUGCACAAGCUCAACCUUUAUACAGAACAAGUGUAAAAGUGAAACAAUGUGCUAAAUGAGAUGGAACAGAUAUAGGCGAGAGAGGGGGGGAAUUAUAAUAAUUAUACUUGAUUCUUUUUAUUACCUUCUUUAAAAAAAAAAAAAAAAAAUGACAGAGCUCAAAAUCAUUAUUAAUUCAGUUGUGAAUUAAGUUUUCAAAAAAAAAAAAAAUCCAUCUCAUCUCCACCUCUCCCAUCCUUUUGAUGAAAUCUUCACCCCUCCAACCACACGUGACCUUUUGAAUAACUUGAAAUUUUUAAACGGAAGGACUAUAGGACUAUAACUAAUUUAAUAAGAUGACAUGGAGAUAGUGCUUACAGUAUCCCUUUAAAUAUAUUGUAGUAUAAUGUAGUAAUUGUUACUAAUUUCAGGUUUGUACUUUCUAUACUUUUCUGUUUCUUUGAACCACAAAUUGUAUUGUUUUCACUCUUUUUGACCAGUUCUGUGUGUACAGUUUCUGUGAUAUCUUGGCACAUCACUCUAAAGAUUGACUUUGUAUUAGUGGUGUUUUGGCUGGAAAGAAGACAAAGUAUAAGUAACUGGACAAAUACUUCAUUGAUACAAGUCAGACAAUUACAUUUAUGUACCUAUUUGUCAAAGAGCAACUACUCGUUAAUUUGUGCUAUUUCAUAGAAGCAAGCCAAAUGUUUUGCUUUACAUUUAUGCCAGUCUAUACCAGCACAGCCAGAGCCUUCAGUUCAUCUCUAUGGAAGAAAUGCCCAAGUAUGCAUGCAUCCACCCACAGAGCUUGACUUCGAUGGUGUUGCAAAGGGAGCGCUUGUAAGGCAUAAUGGAAGGAAUGCCCAAAUGUGCAUGAAUGCAUCUAGAGCAUCACGGGAAGGUGUUGGCACUGGACCUAGAAGUGAUGUAGAGAUAUAUUUUAUACUUAAAGGGACACACCACUGCCCAAAUACAAAACAAAAUAAAAAUCACUGUUUUGUAGAUAUACUUCCAAUGAAACUAUGCAUGCAUUUAUUUAUGAUUUUUUUUUUGUUUGGGGGUAUGUCUAAAAACAGAUGGCAAAAGCUGUAAAGAUCUUUAAAAGCAUUGCAAGCCCUGCUUUUUUAACCUGGCCCAGACUUAAUGUGGCAAUCCAAUAACAGACUUCCCACUGCAACUCAAUGAAAAGUCUUUGCAAGGCAAUUGCCCGCCUCUUGAAGGGCCUGUUGUUUGAUUGCAUGUGGUGGUGGAGUAACAAGGUCAAUUUACAAAAAUGCCAAUUUCUGUUGAAAUCUGCAUUAUUUGUAAAAUGGAAAAAAUAAAAAGAGGACACACAUAAAGCUACUCAGCAAGCUAACGUGCAUUAGAGAAUUUGGGUGUCCCUUUAAUUAUGCUGUACUCUACACUCCAGUAUGCUUCUAAUCACCUAUCCAAGUGCAUUGAGGGCUUGUAUUCUCAAAAGACUAGUGAUAUUAGCAGAUAUUAUGUGUGAUUGCCAUCUGCAAUUUGACUGUAAGUGAUGUAAUACUAAAGAAGUAAAAAAAAUUGAUGACUUCAAAACACUUGUAAUGAGAUUAUUGCUGUCAAAUUGUCAGUGGGUUGUUAUUGUACAGAAACCUGUAGUUCUAUAGAAUGUAAGUAUGUAUGUGAUUACAUGACUAAAUAAACCUUAUGUUUUAUUCACAGGUUUGGAUUUGUCAGCUUCUCCUACCCAUGACUUUGUUCCUCCCCUCAGAUUGUCAGAUGGCCUCACAUCACUUUGUGUUCCUGCAGAGUAACUGGUGCCUCCUGAAUAACUUUUCCUUCCAUUCUAUGAAUUUUUAUUUAUUUGUUUUUUGUUUAUUUUCUUUUAUCUUUUUUUACCCUAUAGUUUUGUGUUUUGUUUCGUUGUCAUUGAAAAACAUUCCUGUGACUUUAGAUAUUUUUGUUCAGCUAGGAAGCAGGGAAACAUUGGUACAAACUGCUGGAGGGAGGGGAGGAGAUAUUAUUUGCCCCGACUGUAUGAGAAUGUGAUUCUAUUUUUUGUUUUUUUUAUUUUAUGUAAAUUUUGGCUUUUAAGAACUGUAAAACAGAUUUGGGGUGGCAAUGCACAAGAACAAGACAAAUGUAUAUUUUGCUAAAUGAAAAAAAAAAUAUUUGUAGAACAGAAAUUAUUUUAAUUCUUCUCAAAACUGGUUUGCAUUUUUUUUAAUUUUUUUCCUUUGUAAAAUAUGUAAAUAUUGCGGACUGAACGUUCUGCCACCUCCAGGUCUCUACUGGACCCAAACUACGCUCUGGCGAUUUGGUGUCUGUAUUUUAGCAAUAUUUUCCUAAAACCUGAAUGGAUUGGCAGUUUUUUUUAUACAUCUUUUAUUACGACCAAAACUUCAGUUCACAACAAGCUGGGGAUUCUCAGUGCAGGAGAACACUGGUCCACAGCUUUAAAACUACCACUCGUUAGUCCCCAAUCUAAUUAACUCUUUUAAGUGUUAUUCCAUAACUCCUUGGAGAGAAAAAAGUGUUACAAGGGCAAAAUGAAAAUAUUUGUGGAUGCAAUAUUGUGAUUAAUUUAUCACUAACAUUUCUUUGAUAUCCAUGCAAUAAAGCACUCUAAGGUUCAUUAUCCAGACUAUGGUAUUUAUUCACGGAUAUUGUGGAGAAUUGCUUAUAAAGGCCAAUAUACCUGAGUGGGAGAUUUUUUUUUUUUUACUAGGUUAACUAUUUGGGGCUAAAAUUUGCCAUUGCCUUGUCAGUUUUCCACAAUUGUUGAUUUACUAAAUACAGCCAAUUGUGUAAGACAAAUUUAGAACUUUCUGUGUCAAACACAGCUUCAGUUAUUAGAUCGAUUUUGUUCAAUUGGAAUAGAUUCUCACAAUUAUGAAAUAAUGGAAUGACUUUUUUUUUCUUUUUCUAAAAUGAUCUUUGCCCUUUGGCUGUCUGUUCCUAUGAGAAGUGUAAUAACAUAUGGGGAGUUAAUUAUGGGUGGGACAACAUACAAUGUUGUACUGAACUUGCAAAGCAAUAAUCUUUGUUACUGCAACUGGAAUUUUUUUUUUUUUUUUAAGAUAGCUGAAAAAUAAAUGCUAAAUUG